AUGGCCCAGUCCUCAAAGUGGCGCCGCCGCUGCUUUAUCAGGUGAGUGCAGAGGAAGCGGUUUAAAGGCAAAGGAAGGGAGCGUUUGAAAACCGGUUGGGGGUUAAUCCGACAGAAAGAUUUGCUGUCACCCUUUUAAAGUGUUUGGCCAGCCUUUGAAUAUGGUUACCAGAGCCUGAAGAAAUAAGGUCAGAAUUCCAAUGUCUAGGUCACAGAACCUGUGAGGCAUACUGCUGACUCUCAACCUCCCCAAUUGCGCAAUGGGUGGGAGUUUGCUGUUUUGACAGGCCUUAACUGUACACAUCAUCAUGUUAUGUUAAUUAGUAACUGUCAGACCGUAGAAAAACACACGUUUUGGUUCCCCUCUGUAUCUGCCACCGCAAUGCAACAAUAAUUUCCUUCGGCAGGAUAUGAGUCAAUUCUGUAUCAGAUGUGAACAUUGGCAGUUGCAAGGUUUGAUUUGCGAUCCCCUCUAUCUCCUUGGCUCGAUCAUUUUAAUUUUCCCAGCAUGCCCCACUAAAGAACAUCUCCCUGCCAGCCAGGUUUUCUUCCUUCUCCUUCCUUCCAGCUCUUCAUCUGCACGGCUCUGUGCGGGCUGCCGAACCUCAAUGCUGUACUUAGAGUGAUAAACAAGAUACAUUUCGGAGUGCUCAAGAUGAUUGUUGAGAUUGCUGUUCAUGAUCCAGAGGCAAGGAGCUCCUGUCACUCAAUACAGUUGCCUUCCGUUGCGUAGAGCCAUCACUGGAAUAUUGUGUUUGAAGGUGCUUACCAUAGCUGUCACUGGGAAUGUUGUGUUUGAAGGUGUUAACCACAGUCUUUGACAAUCUGAGCAAUUUCCUGAAGACUAGAUGGAUGAAAGGCUAUUCACCACUCCACAUUAGCUAAUUGUGCAAAACAACAUUAUUCUCCACAGGUUACAUGCAACAAUGAGUUAAAGAGAAGUCAUUUCUUAAAUGCUCUGUCAGAGCAUUAAUGUUUGCACUGAAAAUAUCCACUGACAUUUUGGACCCCAGUGUAUGAAUUAGCUAUAUGGCCUUGAAGGAUUAGGAGCAUUUAGAGCUAACCGCUCCUGUUUAGCAGUCAGCCAUUCCAGCGCAGCGCUUAAUAGAAGUUGCCAUGGCAGAAGGCAUCUGCGUGGAAUGAAUAAAUAAUAGUCAUGUCUUAGCCAAAGUAGCUCACACAGGCUCCUCCAUUUGCCUCUUAUCAGGCCUGCAAAGAUGGCGAGAGUCUUACAGAAUUGGUGCUUAUUACUAGUCACAGCUGUACCUUUCUGAUUCGCUAUGUUCACUCAUUCAUCGGCUUCGUUUGAACGCAAUGGCGAGCUAAAUUCACAUGGGUCACACCAGAGUAAUACCUCAUACCCUCUCAUUUGUAUGGGGAAAUUAAUCGGAGUCACUGAAAUGGAUCAUAGUCUUAAAAACACUAGUACAGUACAAUAUUGAAGCUCUCUCAAAAUAUUAUGGAACCAAAGCAUAUGGAGUGGGCUUUUAUUGUUUGCAUGAUCCUUAAUAUACAGUUGGCUGGUUGAGAAAUACUGUCAAUCGUUAUUCAAGCAUUAUUCAGACAUUUAUCCAUGAUUUCAAAAUUCCAGUGCGAUAGCCUUUGUCUUUACCGAUAUAUCACCACAUUGUCCAUCUACAUUAACUGUCAUUGAUUGAUCUUUCAAAAUUGCAUUUGCCCCAAUGUAAUACAGUGUUGUGCACAUGAUGGAACUACAGUAUACAAACAAACCGACAACCUCUGACCUCGCAGAUAAAUCAUAGGCUGUUCAUAAAGUUGAUUCAUUCCUUUAUCUCUCGAUUGCAGGGUCAAGGCGAAGAAAGGGGUGAAUCUUCUGCAAACCAAGUCGAAGAAUGCCCAGUGGACUGUGGACUGGGAGGUACAGUCCGGGGCAAAGCAUUCCAUCACCACCAUCGACGUGAACAAGAACAAAGGAGUGCAAGCCGGGUAAGUCAACAGCCUAAGGCCUAAACACACAACAUCCACCCAAACACCACAGAGUGAGGCUGUUGUGCCCAGCACACUGUUAACUUUAGGAUGGUUUGUUCUGUGAAAGUCUAAAUGAGACUUCUUCAAAACAUCUCCUUGGCUGCAGUGGUGUCCUCAGGUUGCUGAUAAUAAUACAGAAGUUAUAGGCCUAUUUUUAGUAAAGAUAUGGAUACAGUUUUGGGUAGUCGUGCAAGAAAUACUUGGAUAUACUCUGUCAAAUAAAUUGCUUAAUUGCAAAGCCAUAAAAAUGCUUACACCAAUGAUGAUUUAAACAUUUCUCCUUGCUUGGCAGAAAGCUGAUAUGUUUGGAGGACAAUCACAUGAAACUUUAGUUUUCAAAUGCAUGCUUUUUACAGCUUGAGUAUCAACUUAAGUGAUAUAUCCAUUUUAUGUGUAGGCAAAACCAAUUGAAAUGCCAAAGUGAUAUAUACAGUUUAACUUUUAUACAGUGCCUUCAGAAAGUAUUCAUACUUUACAGCCUGAAUUCAAAAUAGAUUAAAUAUAUUUUUUUCUCACCCAUCUACACACAAUACACCAUAAUGACAAAGUGAAUACAUGUUUUUAGAAAUGUCUGCUAAUUUAUUGAAAAUGAAAUACAGAAAUAUCUUAUUUACAUAAGUAUAUACACCCCUGAGUCAAUACUUUGUAGAAGCACCUUUGGCAGCGAUUACAGCUGUGAGUCUUUCUGGGUAAGUCUCUUACGUGCUUUCCACACCUGGAUUGUGCAACAUUUGCCCAUUAUUCUUUUCAAAAUUCGUCAAGCUCUGUCAAAUUGGUUGUUGAUCAUUGGUAGACAAGCAUUUUCAGGUCUUGCCAUAGAUCUUCAAGUAGAUUUAAGUCAAAACUGUAACGCGGCCACUCAGGAACAUUCACUGUCUUCUUGGUAAAUUCAGUGUAGAUUUGGCCUUGUGUUUUCGGUUAUUGUCCUGCUGAAAGGUGAAUUCAUCUCCCAGUGUCUGGUGGAACGCAGACUGAACCAGGUUCUCCUCUAGGAUUUUGCCUGUGCUUAGCUCCAUUCCGUUUAUUUUUUAUCCUGAAAACCUCCCCAGUCCUUAACGAUUACAAGCAUACCCAUAAUAUGAUGCAGCCAUCAUUAUGCUUGAAAAUAUGGAGAAUGGUACUCAGUAAUGUGUUGUAUUGGAUUUGCCCCAAACAGAACACUUUGUAUUCAGAACAAAACAUGUAUUGCUUUACCACAUUUUUUGCAGCAUUACUUUAGUGCCUUGUUGCAAACAGGAUGCAUGUUUUGAAAUAGUUUUAUUCUGUACAGGCUUCCUACUUUUCACUCUGUCAAUUAGGUUAGUAUUGUAGAGUAACUACAAUGUUGUUGAUCCAUCCUCAGUUUUCUACUAUCACAGCCAUUACACUCUAACUGUUUUAAAGUCACCAUUGGCCUUAAGGUGAAAUCCCUGAGCGGUUUCCUUCCUCCCCGGCAACUGAGUUAGGAAGGAUGCCUGUAUCUUUAUAGUGACUGGGUGUAUUGAUACACCAUCCAAAGAGUAAUUAAUAACUUCACCAUGCUCAAAGGUAUAUGUCUGCUUUUUUUUAUUUAUACCCAUCCAACAAUAGGUGCCCUUCUUUGCGAGACAUUGGAAAAGCUCCCUGGUCUUUGUGGUUGAAUCUGUGUUUGAAAUUCACUGCUCGACUGAGGGACCUUACAGAUAAUUGUAUGUGUGGUGUACAGAGAUGAGGUAGUUAUUCAAAAAUCAUGUUAAACACUGUGAGUCCAUGCAACUUAAUAUGUGACUUGUUAAGCACAGUUUUACUCCUGAACUUAUUUACGCUUGCCAUAACAAAGGGGUUGAAUGCUUAUUGACUCAAGACAUUUCAGGUUUUCAUUUUUUCAGUGAAUAAAAUAAAUAAAUAUAUAUAUAAUAUAUAAAUGCAGGCUGUGACACAGCAAAAUGUGGAAAAAGUCAAGGAGUGUGAACACUUUCUGAAGGCACUGUAUGUUGCUGCAUUGCAGUGCCAUGGAGAUGAGAUUUUGUCAUCGGCAAAAAUGGCAGCACUAUCUAUGCCUGUCACUGGGCAGGGGUACCCAUGAUUAUAUACAGGCACAUCACAGAACUCGGGCUACGUUCCAAUAUUCAUACUAGGCUUCCUCUUAGAAUGCAUGCCCAAUACAUUGGAUCAUGGAUCAGACCAUUACUCUCAUCAGUCCUAAAACACAGGCCCUCCAUUUUGAAUGAAGGCAGAAGCAGUGGAAUUAGGUGCAGCUGAGGAUGCAGGGAGGUAGCUAGCUUCUUAGCCUGUGAUACAGCAGGACUGCUGGGCGGGCGAAGCCUGGCAUUAGCUAACAUAAAUCACUAAUACGCUCAACUCAUUAACAAAGGAGGCAUUAAGAGUUUGGGGUGCUUAUCCUAAACCUCCAGAGCUAUUUAGCCAGUGCAGAUCCUAGUAAUGCCACCGCCCAUAGUUUCCACGGACUGUGGGGACUGGCCAAGUGGGUCUGGAGGGAGAGAGCGGAGGAUUGGGGGGGGGGUUAGGGAGUGAGUGUAACAGACAAACAGUGACAUUACCUGAAUAAAAGAUCAGCCAGUCUUCCUUUGUUCUCUCUCAAUAAGGCACUUAGUGUCUGGCUUUCUCGCUAUAUUUAGCAGACCGUGUCAAGUCAUCUUUGCCAUCCUGUCACCAUGUUGGAAAUCCGGUCCGGCAGGGGGUCAAGCUAAAGACACAUUGUGUCAUCCCGGCUUUUGUCAGAGGCCCAGUCAAAAGUCAUGAAGGUAUUUUGGGCAUAGAUGUAAGUGUUAAUUUGUGUGAAUGGGGUUUGGCUUUUUUCUCGAUCUCGGAACUAACCAAUAUGUAUCCAAUAUGUGUUAAGAUUGAUACCCGUCAUUGCUUUGAUAAACGGCGAGAGGAAAGAAACGCUUAUUGAUCCUAUUGCAUCAUUAACCUGCGACAAUGUCCCUGAGUUCAUAUGUUACUUAUGAGUUUUGCCUACAUUUUAGAGCCCGGUAACAGUCGCCAAGGAUAAAUAGCCUGCAAUUUCCUAUUUUCCUUUGAUUUAGCCUUCUAGCUGAUAAAAAGCAUUAAAGAUGAGUGAAUUCUCAAACUACAGUAUUUAAGGCCCACUACACCCAGCUAAGAGCAAUAACAUUAAUGGAGGGACCUUUUGUGAAGGCAUAUUUAACUGCCUUUUUGUGCCGACUUUGGUAUAUAUUUUAGAUAAUGGACCAUGCUGGGCUGCUUUAUAAAUGUGUCCACAAAAGUAGUAUGAGUAGAACCAUGCCAAAGAGGGUCCCAGUAGUUUUGUAUUACCACAUUAAGCCUAAUAGGUUUAAAGCCUUCAUUCGACAUGGUUUAGCAUAAAAUCUAGGUCAAUGAUCAUAUUGUCAUCUUCAAUCAUAAAGCGUGAUCAAUCUUCUGGGCGAACGCGGCGCUUGGGAGCAUUUUACAUUGCCUGCAAGAUGAAAACAUUACUUUCUUCCAUAGCUUGGUGACAUGUACGUUAUACAAGGAACUAAGAAUAGUCCAUGCUUUUAAUGUCAACCAUGUGAUUCUCUGUGUUGUCAAGGACUUCGGAGUUGUUAUGACAACAUGUAAUCAUUAUAAGUGUUUGUCUUAAUGUAAAGAAUAUGUAACAUGUUAAUGUGAAAAACUUCUUUGAGGAGCUGGUGGUUAACACCACCGACAUAAACAUGUACUUCAUGGACUUCUGAUUGGUGCACACCAGUAUCUCACUCGUCACACGCAGCUACAGUGAGGGAAAAAAGUAUUUGAUCCCCUGCUGAUUUUGUGCGUUUGCCCACUGACAAAGACAUGAUCAGUCUAUAAUUUUAAUGGUAGGUUUAUUUGAACAGUGAGAGACAGAAUAUAAAAAAAAAAAUCCAGAAAAACGCAUGUAAAAAAUGUUAUAAAUUGAUUUGCAUUUUAAUGAGGGAAAUAGGUAUUUGACCCCUCUGCAAAACAUGACUUAGUACUUGGUGGCAAAACCCUUGUUGGCAAUCACAGAGGUCAGACGUUUCUUAUAGUUGGCCACCAGGUUUGCACACAUCUCAGGAGGGAUUUUGUCCCACUCCUCUUAGCAGAUCUUCUCCAAGUCAUUAAGGUUUCGAGGCUGACGUUUGGCAACUCGAACCUUCAGCUCCUUCCACAGAUUUUCUAUGGGAUUAAGGUCUGGAGACUGGCUAGGCCACUCCAGGACCUUAAUGUGCUUCUUCUUGAGCCACUCCUUUGUUGCCUUGGCCGUGUGUUUUGGGUCAUUGUCAUGCUGGAAUACCCAUCCACGACCCAUUUUCAAUGCCCUGGCUGAGGGAAGGAGGUUCUCACCCAAGAUUUGACGGUACAUGGCCCUGUCCAUCAUCCCUUUGAUGCGGUGAAGUUGUCCUGUCCCCUUAGCAGAAAAACACCCCCAAAGCAUAAUGUUUCCACCUCCAUGUUUGACGGUGGGGAUGGUGUUCUUGGGGUCAUAGGCAGCAUUCCUCCUCCUCCAAACACGGCGAGUUGAGUUGAUGCCAAAGAGCUCCAUUAUGGUCUCAUCUGACCACAACACCUUCACCCAGUUCUCCUCUGAAUCAUUCAGAUGUUCAUUGGCAAACUUCAGACGGGCCUGUGUAUGUGCUUUCUUGAGCAGGGGGACCUUGCGGGCGCUGCAGGAUAUCAGUCCUUCACGGCGUAGUGUGUUACCAAUUGUUUUCUUGGUGACUAUGGUCCCAGCUGCCUUGAGAUCAUUGACAAGAUCCUCCCGUGUAGUUCUGGGCUGAUUCCUCACCGUUCUCAUGAUCAUUGCAACUCCACGAGGUGAGAUCUUGCAUGGAGCCCCAGGCCGAGGGAGAUUCACUGUUCUUUUGGGUUUUUUUCCAUUUGCGAAUAAUCGCACCAACUAUUGUCACCUUCUCACCAAGCUGCUUGGCGAUGGUCUUGUAGCCCAUUCCAGCCUUGUGUAGGUCUACAAUCUUGUCCCUGACAUCCUUGGAGAGCUCUUUGGUCUUGGCCAUGGUGGAGAGUUUGGAAUCUGAUUGAUUGAUUGCUUCUGUGGACAGGUGUCUUUUAUACAGGUAACAAGAUGAGAUUAGGAGCACUCCCUUUAAGAGUGUGCUCCUAAUCUCAGCUCGUUACCUGUAUAAAAGACACCUGGGAGCCAGAAAUCUUUCUGAUUGAGAGGGGCUCAAAUACUUAUUUCCCUCAUUAAAAUGCAAAUCAAUUUAUAACAUUUUUGACAUAUUGUUCUGGAUUUUGUUGUUGUUAUUCUGUCUCUCACUGUUCAAAUAACCUACCAUUAAAAUUAUAGACUGAUCAUUUCUUGGUCAGUGGGCAAACGUACAAAAUCAGCAGGGGAUCAACACUGUAUGUCUUUUUUUCAAAGGUCGUAACGCAUCUUACCACUGAACUCAUCUAAGUAUAAAUUAUUUUUUAACACUUGUUUGAAGGAUCUGUUUGAACACAGCUCAAUCAUCAAGUUUGCUGGCGACAACCGUGGUAGGCCAUUCUCCAGGGGAGGAGAAUGGCGCUGCAUUGCAUAGCAGCCGUUUUACGGGCUCCUGACAAAUUCUGCUUUAUAUAUUUUAAUAUUCUUUUUUUUACUUUUUUUGUACGUAAUGUUUCUGCCAUCGUUCCUAUGACUGAAAAGAGCUUCUGGACAUCAGAACAGCGAUCACUAACCUCAAUUUGGAUGAAGAUUUCUACUUCAACGAGUCGGAGGUGCAGGACAUACGGCUCACCCCGGACCAGGCCCUAAUCCCAGAGACAUGGAAAAGAAAAAGGUGGUCUAAGAGAGGCCAAUGUGCGGGCACCGAGACGAAACUGCUUCGACGAGUACAUAAACCGCCUCUAUUGGUGAUCGUACAAUCUCUGGAGAACAAACUGGAUGAGCUCCGUUCGAGACGGUCCUAUCAAUGGGACCUGAAGAACUGUAAUGCAGCAGACGCUCUUAUCCAGAGCAAGUGCAUACAUUUUCAUACUUUUUCGUACUGGUCGCCCAUGGGAAUUUAACCCACAACCCUAGUGUUGCAAGCGACAUGCUCUACCAACUGAGCCACACGGGACCUAAUAUCCUAUGUUUCAUGGAGUUGUGGCUGAACAAGGACAUGGAUAAUAUACAUCUAGAUGGUUUUUCUACGCAUCGGCAGGUCAGAACGGCAGCGUCGGGUAAGCUCAAGGGAGAAGGUGUGUGUCUCUUUGUUAACAACAGCUGGUGCACGAUCUCUAUUAAGAAAGUCUCGAUUUUCUGCUCGCCUAAGUUAGAAUAUCUCAUAAUAAGCUGUAGACUUAUGUUUUUGUGUUACUAUUUCCUUUUUUAUCUAGCAAAUAUUUUUCUUACUUUUUAACUCUGCAUUGUUGGGAAUGGGCUCAUACAGUGCCUUCAGGAAGUAUUCGUACCGCUUGACCUAUUCCACAUUUUGUUGUGUUACAGCCUGAAUUUAAAAUGUAUUCAAAAAUAAUAAUAAUCAGGCCUCCCGAGUGGCGCAGUGGUCUAAGGCACUGCAUCGCAGUGCUAGCUGUGCCACUAGAGAUCCUGGUUCGAGUCGAAUUGGCCCAGCGUCGUCCAGGUUAGGGGAGGGUUUUGCCGGCAGGGAUGUUUUUGUCCCAUCGCGCACUAGCGACUCCUGUGGCGGGCUGGGCGCAGUGCACACUUAACCUGGCUUCCAGGUUAAGCGGGCAUUGUGUCAAGAAGCGGCUCGGUUGGGUUAUGUUUUGGAGGACGCACGGCUCUCAACCUUCACCUCUCCCGUGUCCGUACAGGAGUUGCAGCGAUGGGACAAGACUGUAACUACCAAUUGGAUACCACGAAAUUGGGGAGAUAAAGGGGUAAAAACUAAAACUAAAUAAUAAUAAAAGAAACAAAAACAAAACAAAAUUGAAAAUGGAAUACAGGAAUAUCUCAUAUACUUAGAUUUUUAAGCCGAUUUAAGUCAAAACUAGGCCACUCAGGAACAUUCAAUGUCAUCUUGGUAAGCAAAUCCAGUGUAUUAUGUUUUAGGUUAUUGUCCUGCUGACAGGUGAAUUUGUCUCCCAGUGUCUGUUGGAAAGCAGACUGAACCAUGUUUUCCUCUAGGAUUUUGCCUGUGCUUAGCUCUAUGAUGUUUAUUUUUAUCCAAAAAAAACUCCCUUGCCGAUGACAAGCAUACCCUUAACAUGAUGCAGCCACCACCAUGCUUGAAAGUCUGAAGAGUGGUACUCAGUGAUGUGUUGUGUUGGAUUUGCCCCAAACAUAACGCUUUGUAUUAAGGACAUAAAGUUAAUUCCUUUGCCGCAUUUUUUGCAGUUUUACUUUAGUGCCUUAUUGUAAACAGGAUGCACGUUUUGAAAUAGUUUUAUUAUGUACAGGCUUCCUUCUUUUCACUUUGUCAUUUAGGUUAGUGUUGUGGAGUAAACGCAAUGUUAUUGAUCCAUCCUCAGUUUUCUCCUAUCACAGCCAUUACACUCUAACUGUUUUAAAGUCACAAUUGGCCUUAAGGUGAAAUCCCUGAUCAGUUUCCUUCCUCUCCAGCAACUGAGUUAGGAAGGACGCCUGUAUCUUUGUAGUGACUGGGUGUAUUGAUACACCAUCCACAGUGUAAUUAAUAACUUCACAAUGCUCAAAGGGAUAUUCAAUGUGUGCUUUUAUUUUAUUUUAUCCAUCUACCAAUCAGUGCCCUUCUUUGCGAGGCAUUGUAAAAGCUCCCUGGUCUUUGUGGUUGAAUCUGUGUUUGAAAUUCACUGCUCGACUUACAGAUAAUUGUAUGUGUGAGGGACAGGGAUGAGGAAGUCAUUCAAAAAUCAUGUUAAACACUAUUAGUGCACACAGAGUGAGUCCAUGCAACUUAUUAUGUGACUUGUUAAGCCCAUUUUUACUCCUAAACUUAUUUAGGCUUUGCCAUAACAAAGGGGUUGAAUACUUAUUGACUCAAGAUAUUUCAGCUUUUCAUUUUUUAUUAAUUUGUACAAAUGUCUAAAAACAUAAUUCCACUUUGACAUUAUGGGGUACUGUGUGUAGGCCAGUAACCCAAAAUCUAAAUUUAAUCCAUUUGAAAUUCAGGGGGUGUGAAUACUUUCUGAAGGCACUGUAAGUACGCUUGUCACUGUAAAGUCUACACCUGUUGUAUUUGGCGCAUGCUAUUUACCAAGAGAGUUUUCAUCUAUAGUUUUCGUAGCUGUCUAUUUACCACCACAAACCGAUGCUGGCACUAAGAUCCCACUCAACGAGCUGCAUAGGGCCAUAAGCAAACAAGAAAAUUUUCAUCAGAAUUGUGACCUCCCCUUUUUUAACACAUCACUGGGGGCACACUGCCUGCCCUCCAGCACAUCUACAGCACCCGGUGUCACAGGAAGGCCAAGAAAAUCAUCAAGGACCUCAGCCACCCAAGCCAAUGCCUGUUCACCCCGCUACCAUCUAGAAGGCAGAGACAGUACAGGUGCAUCAAAGCUUGGACCAAGAGAAUGAAAAACAGCUUCUAACUCCAGGCCAUCAGACUGUUAAAUAGUCACCAAUAUCCGGCCUCCGCCCAGUACCCUGCCCUGAACCUUAGUCACUGUUACUAGCCGUCUACCACCCAGUACUCUACCCUGUAGCUUAGAGACUACUGCCCUAUGUACAUAGUUAUUGAACACUGGUCACUUUAAUUUUUACAUACUGUUUUACCCACUUCAUACAGUGCCUUCAGAAAGUAUUCACACCCUUUUCCUUUUUCCUUUUUGUUGUUGUGUUACAGCCUGAAUUUCAAAUGGAUUAAAUUGAGAUUUUUGGUCACUGGCCCACACACAAUAUCCCAUAAUGUCAAAGUGGAAUUAUGUUUUUCAAAAUUUUACAAAUUAACUAAAAAUGAAAAGCUGAAAUGUCUUGAGUCAAUAAGUAUUCAACCCCUUUGUUAUGACAAGCCUAAAUAAGUUCAGGAGUAAAAAUGUGCUUAACAAGUCACAUAAUAAGUUGCAUGGAAUAAUGUUGGAAUAGUGUUUAACAUGAUUUUUUAAUGACUACCUCAUCUCUGCACCCCACACAGCAGUGAAUUUAAACCACAAAGACCAGAGUGGUUAUACUAUUGCCUUGCAAAGAAGGGCACCUAUUGGGUAGAUGGGUAAAAAUAAAAAAGCAGACAUUGAAUAUCCCUUUGUGCAUGGUGAAAUUAUUAAUUACACGUUGGAUGGUGUAUCAAUACACCCAGUCACUACAAAGAUAUAGGCGUCCGCCCUAACUCAGUUGCCAGUGAGGAAGGAAACCGCUCAGGGAUUUCACCAUGAAACAGUUAGUUUAAUGGCUGUGAUGGGAGAAAACUGAGGAUGGAUCAACAACAUUGUAGUUACUCCACAAUACUAACCUAAUUGACAUACUGAAAAGAAGGAAGCCUGUACAGAAUGAAACAUAUUCCAAAAUGCAUCCUAUUUUUAACAAGGCACUAAAGUAAAACUGCAAAACAUGUGGCAAAGCAAUUAACUUUUUGUCCUGGGGCAAAUCCAAUACAACACACAUUACUGAGUAUCACUCUCAAUAUUUUCAAGCAUAGUGGUGGCUGCAUCAUGUUAUGGGUAUGCUUGUAAUCGUUAAGAACUGGUACGUUUUUCACGAUAAAAAAGAAAUGGAAUGGAAAUACGCACAGGCACAAUCAUAGAGGAAAACCUGAUUCAGUCUGCUCUCCACCAGACACUGGGAGAUUAAUUCACCUUUUAGCACCGGAGUUGCUUACCAAGAAGAAAUUGGAUUUUCCUGAGUGGCCGAGUUAGGGUUUAGACUUAAAUCUACUUGAAAAUCCAUGGCAAGACCUGAAAAUGGUUGUCUACCAAUGAUCAACAACCAAUUUGACAGAGCUUGAAUAAUUGUUCAAAGAAUAAUGGGAAAAUGUUGCACAAUCCAGGUGUGGAAAGCUCUUAGAGACUUACCCAUGAAGACUCACAGCUGUAGUCACUGCCAAAGGUGCUUCUACAAAGUAUUCACUCGGGUGUGAAUACUUAUGUAAAUGAGAUAUUCCCCCAAAAGAGUUAAGAAAGACAUGAAGAAAUAUCAGAACUUGCAAUGUCAGAACCCAAUCGAACAUCUCUGGAGAGACUUGAAAAUAGUUGUGCAGCGACCCUCCCCAUCCAACCUGACAGAGCUUUGAGAGGAUCUGCAGAGAAGAAUGGGAGAAACUCCCCAAAUACAGGUGUGCCAAGCUUGUAGCGUCAUACCCAAGAAGACUCGCAGCUGUCAUCGCUGCCAACAAAGUACUAAGUAAAGGGUCUGAAUACUUAUGUAAAUGUUAUAUUUCAGUUUCUUUAUUUGUAUACCUUUGCACCACUUUAUAAAAACGGGUUUUUGCUUUGUCAUUAUGGGGUAUUGUGUGUAGAUUGAUGAGGAAAAAAACAAUUUAAUCCAUUUUAGAAUAAGGCUGUAACGUAACAAAAUGUGGAAAAAGUCAAAGGGUCUGAAUACUUUCCGAAUGCACUGUAUAUAUAUAUACAGUGCAUUCGGAGAGUAAUAAUACCCAAUACCCCAUAAUGCCAAAGCAAAAAAAAAAAAAAAAAAAAAACAUUAUUUACAUAAGUAUUAAGACACUUUACUCAGUACUUUGUUGAAGCACCUUUGGCAGCGAUUACAGUCUCGAGUCGUCUUGGGUAUGACGCUACAACCUUCGCACACCUGUAUUUGGUGAGUUUCUCCCAUUCUUCUCUGCAGAUCCUCUCAAGCUCUGUCAGGUUUGAUGGGGAGCACAACUAUUUUCAGGUCUCUCCAGAGAUUUUCGAUCGGGUUGAAGUCCGGGCUCUGGCUUGGACACUCAUGGACAUUCAGAGAAUACUUUCAGAAUGCACAUGUAUUGUUAGGUAUUACUACACUGUUGAAGCUAGAAACAAUCAUUUCACUGCACCUGUGAUAACAUCUGCAAAAUAUGUGUACACAACCAAUACAAUUUGAUUUGAUUUGUUCGGUUGAUCUGCAAGUCAUCACAAACUAGUCUAUUUAGAGGACAGGUUGCAUUCUUCUGAACAUGGCGGCACCUUUGAUACAAUUGACAUUCUGUUUUUUGGCCUUAUUUUUCCCCCACACCAGAAUCUAUUCUAAGCGCAGGCCCAUUUACAUCCAGCUUUAGCACAACACUGCUUAACGCUUUAUUGUUGUCUGCAUCCUCCUUCACCUCUCGCUAUGCACUGUACUAGACUAUCGGUUUUUGCCAAUGGCUUCCUAAUCAUGGCAAUAUUCAUUUUGUAAAUGCAGUGUCCUACCAUGUCCCUGUAGAGACAACAGGAAAAUCAGUUUUGAUGGGAAUUGAUUUCCGGCUAACAAAUUUAGAGGUCUGUAAUUUUUAUCAUAGGUACACUUCAACUGUGAGAGACGGAAUCUAAAACAAAAAUCCAGAAAAUCACAUUGUAUGAUUUUUAAGUAAUUAAUUUGCAUUUUAUUAAAUAAAUAAAUAAAUAAAAAUGUCAUUUAUCAGACGCUUUUAUCCAAAGCGACUUACAGUCAUGCGUGCAUACAUUUUUUUUUUUUUUUUGUGUAUGGGUGGUCCCGGGGAUCGAACCCACUACCUUGGCGUUACAAGCGCCAUGCUCUACCAGCUGAGCUACAGAGGUAUUUGAUACAUCAGAAAAGCAGACCUUAAUAUUUGGUACAGAAACAUUUGUUUGCAAUUACAGAGAUCAUACGUUUCCUGUAGGUCUUGACCAGGUUUGCACACACUGCAGCAGGGAUUUUGGCCCACUCCUCCAUACAGACCUUCUCCAGAUCCUUCAGGUUUCGGGGCUGUCGCUGGGCAAUACGGACUUUCAGCUCCCUCCAAAGAUGUUCUAUUGGGUUCAGGUCUGGAGACUGGCUAGGCCACUCCAGGACCUUGAGAUGCUUCUUACGGAGCCACUCCUUAGUUGCCCUGAAUGUGUGUUUCAGGUCGUUGUCAUGCUGGAAGACCCAGCCACGACCCAUCUUCAACGCUCUUACUGAGGGAAGGAGGUUGUUGGCCAAGAUCUCGCGAUACAUGGCCCCAUCCAACCUCCCCUCAAUACGGUGCAGUCGUCCUGUCCCCUUUGCAGAAAAGCAUCCCCAAAGAAUGAUGUUUCCACCUCCAUGCUUCACGGUUGGGAUGGUGUACUUGGGGUUGUACUCAUCCUUCUUCAAACACGGCGAGUGGAGUUUAGACCAAAAAGCUCUAUUUUUGUCUCAUCAGACCACAUGACCUUCUCCCAUUCCUCCUCUGGAUCAUCCAGAUGGUCAUUGGCAAACUUCAGACGGGCCUGGACAUGCGCUGGCUUGCGCUGGCUUGUGCGCUGCAGGAUUUUAAUCCAUGACGGCGUAGUGUGUUAUUAAUGGUUUUCAUUGAGACUGUGGUCCCAGCUCUCUUCAGGUCAUUGACCAGGUCCUGCCGUGUAGUUCUGGGCUGAUCCCUCACCUUCCUCAUGAUCAUUGAUGCCCCACGAGGUGAGAUCUUGCAUGGAGCCCCAGACCGAGGGUGAUUGACCGUCAUCUUGAACUUCUUCCAUUUUCUAAUAAUUGCGCCAACAGUUGUUGCCUUCUCACCAAGCUGCUUGCCUAUUGUCCUGUAGCCCAUCCCAGCCUUGUGCAGUUCUACAAUUUUAUCCCUGAUGUCCUUACACAGCUCUCUGGUCUUGGCCAUUGUGGAGAGGUUGGACUCUGUUUGAUUGAGUGUGUGGACAGGUGUCUUUUAUACAGAUAACGAGUUCAAACAGGUGCAGUUAAUACAGGUAAUGAGUGAAGAACAGGAGGGCUUCUUAAAGAAAAACUAACAGGUCUGUGAGAGCCGGAAUUCUUACUGGUUGGUAGGUGAUCAAAUACUUAUGUCAUGCAAUAAAAUGCAAAUUAAUUACUUAAAAAUCAUACAAUGUGAUUUUCUGGAUUUUUGUUUUAGAUUCCGUCUCUCACAGUUGAAGUGUACCUAUGAUAAAAAUUACAGACCUCUACAUGCUUUGUAAGUAGGAAAACCUGCAAAAUCGGCAUUGUAUCAAAUACUUGUUCUCCCCACUGUAUCUGUACACACUCUUACUGGAAGAAAUGGAAAGCUUCAAAACUGUAGGCUAUUUGAAGAAUUUGAACCCAGGUUUGGUAGCUAAUUAUUCCUGGAGCAUGGGGUGAAGUGUAAUUGUUGAAAGAUAGGUGGGGUCCAUCGGUCUCUCGAGGGGUCUUCUAAACCACUCGAGGCAAAAGAAAGGCCUGACUUCCUCAGCCAUUUCACUAGCUGUCAUCAUCGGCAGCUCUAUGGUGAGAAACAUCUCGAUUCCCGGGGCAAAAACCCUGUGCUAUCCUGGAGUAUGAGUACGGGACAUUACAAGGGUGCUUCCAACCAUUCUACGACAGCUGCCGGGUGCUGGAGCUGUUGUAGUCCACGUGGGGUCAAACAACAUUAGGAGGGAUAGCUCGGAAAUGCUGAAAAUUGAUUUUAAAGAACUGAUUCUAGCUCUGAAAGAUUCCAAAAAGCGGCCAAUUAUUUCAGGCCCGGUACUGUAGCUCUGUUGACAUAAGUUUUAUAGAUAACUUUGACACCUUUUGGAAACAGAAGAUGCUCUACAGGAGUAAUGGAGCCCAUCCAAAUCAUCUUGGCUCCUGGACCCUGGCCGCGCAUUUCAAGGCUGCUUUGAGGCAAUGACUUAUCAGUGACCCAUGCCCUGCUCAGAUAACCCCUACCAUUGUGUCGCUGAGCUGUCGUAGUGCUGCUGCAAAUGUAAAUUUUUCCCAGGGUCGUUGGCAGUCAUAAUGUAAGUAAUGUCCCUAUAACUCUCCUGAAUGCCUCUAUCAUCCUACAGCUCUUGUAUUCAGUAAUCAUGCGCGUAUGAACCUGAGUUAUACUGUUAGCACUGAGGCGGUUUGCCCUAGUAGGAAGUCCACUGUGUGCAGCUUACCCUGCACUAUCAGCUCAAGCAUAAAUAUCACUGUCAUGUCUACCUCUGGUAAGCCUCCCAGUAAAGCAAUAAAAAACAAUCAAGAAUCCCAGAAAAGUGCUAAAAAUAACCCACAAGAACAUAUGUAGCCCAAGAAACAAGGUUCAUGAAGUCGAUAACUUGCUAGUAACAGAUAACAUUCAUAUACUGACUAUCUCUGAAACUCACUUAGAUAAUACUUUUAAUGAUACAGUGGUAGCAAUACAUGGUUUCAACAUCUUCAGAAGAGACAAUAAUGCCAAUGGUGGAGGUGUUGCUGUUUAUGUUCAAAAUCAUAUUCCUGUAAAGCUUAGAGGAUCUCAUGUCAAAUUCUGUUGAAGUAAUAUGCCUACAGGUUCACCUGCCUCAUCAGCCCAUUCUUGUGGGAAGCUGCUAUAGACCACCAAGUGCUAACAGUCAGUAUCUGGAUAAUAUGUGUGAAAUGCUUGAUAAUGUAUCUGAUAUCAACAGAGAAGUAUAUUUUCUGGGUGACCUAAAUAUUGACUGGCUUUCAUCAAGCUGCCCACUCGAACUGUAACCAGUGCCUGCAACCUGGUUCAGGUUAUCAGUCAACCAACUAGGGUAUUUACAAACAGCACAGGAAUGAAAUCAUCCACAAGUAUUGAUCACGUCUUUACUAAUGCUGCAGGAAUCUGCUCUAAAGCAGUAUCCAAAUCCAUCGGAUGUAGUGAUCAUAAUAUAGUAGCCAUAUCUAGAAAAAACAAAGUUCCAAAGGCUGGGCCUAAUAUUGUCUAUAAGAGAUCAUACAAUACAUUUUGUAGUGAUUCCUAUAUUAAAGAUGUUUGGAAUAUUUGCUGGUCUGUGGUGUGUAAUGAGGAGCAACCAGACGCUGCACUGAAAUAGCUUAUUCCAGUUACUAAUAAGCAUGCACCCACUAAGAAAAAGACUGUUAAAUCCCCGUAGAUUGAUGAGGAAUUUAACAUUUUUAUGGCGAACUCUGCUCCAUCAUUCAUUGAAUCAGAUGGCUCAUUCAUCACAAAACUACUUUAAUGAUUUUUUUAUUGGCAAGAUUAGCAAACUUAGGCAUGACAUGCCAACAACAAAUUCUGAACCUACACUCCAUGCAUAACUGACCAAAUCAAGAAAGACAAGCAUUGUAAUUGUAAAUUCUCUAAAGUGAGUGUGGAAGAGGUGAAAAAUGUUUGUCUGUCAAAUCAAAUCAAAUCAAAUGUUAUUGGUCACAUAUACAUAUUUAACAGAUGUUAUUGCGGAUGUAGCGAAAUGCUUGUGUUCCUAGCUCCAACAGUGCAGUAGUAUCUAACAAUUGACAACAAUACACACAAAUCUAAAAGUAAAAUAAUGGAAUUAAGAAAUAUAUAAAUAUUAGUACAAGCAAUGUCGGGUCAAGGUGAGGAGGAGGAUUAUUUGUUUCCUACCUUCACCACCUGGGGGCGGCCCCAGGAAGUCCAGGACCCAGUUGCACAGGACGGGGUUCAGACCCAGGGCCCCGAGCUUAAUGAUGAGCUUGGAGGGUACUAUGGUGUUGAAGGCUGAGCUAUAGUCGAUGAACAGCAUUCUUACAUAGGUAUUCCUCUUGUCCAGAUGGGAAAGGGCAGUGUGCAGUGCGAUGGCGAUUGCAUCGUCUGUGGAUCUAUUGGGACAGUAUGCAAAUUGAAGUGGGUCUAGGGUGUCAGUUAAGGUGGAAGUGAUAUGAUCCUUAACUAGCCUCUCAAAGCACUUCAUGAUGACAGAAGUGAGUGCUACAGGGUGAUAGUCAAGUUGGGUCUGACAACAUAGAUGGACAAUUACUGAGGAUGAUAGCGGACGAUAUUGCCAUCUCUUCAAUCUAAGCCUACAGGAAAGUGUGUGCCCUCAGGCCUGGAGGGAAACAAAAGUCAUUCCGCUACCCAAGAAUAGCAAAGCACCCUUGACUGGCUCAAACAGUUGACCAAUCAGCCUUUUACCAACCCUUAGUAAACUUUUUGAAAAAAUUGUGUUUGACCAGAUACAAUGCUAUUUCACAGUAAACAAAUCAACAGAUUUUCAGCACGCUUAUAGGGAAGGGCAUUCAACAUGUACAGCACAUACACAAAUGACUGAUGAUUGGCUGAGAGAAAUUGAUAAUAAAAAGAUUGUGGGAGCUGUUUUGUUAGAAUUCAGUGCAGCUUUUGACAUUAUCGAUCAUAAUCUGCUUCUGGAAAAACAUGUGUUAUGGCUUUACAUCCACUGCUAUAUUGUGGAUCGAGAGUUACCUGUUAUCAGAACACAGAGGGUGUUCUUUGAUGGAAGCCUCUCCAACAUAAUCCAGGUAGAUUCAGGGAUUCCCCAGGGCAGCUGUCAAGGCCCUUUACUUUUUUCAAUCUUUACUGAUGGCCUGCCACUGGCUCUGAGUAAAGCCUGUGACUCAACACUAUACACGUCAGCUACCACAGCAAGUGAAAUAACUGCAACACUUAAAAAAGAGCUGCAGUCAGUUUCAGAAUGGGUGGCAAGAAAUAAGUUAGUUCUAAAUAUUUCAUAAACUAAAAGCAUUGUAUUUGGGACAAAUCAUUCACUAAACCCUAAACCUCAACUAAAUCUUGUAAUGAAUAAUGUGAAAAUUGAGCAAGUUGAGGAGACUAAACUGCUUGAAGUAACCCUGGAUUGUAAACUGUCAUGGUCAAAACAUAUUGAUGCAACAGUAGCUAAGACGGGGAGAGGUUUGUUCAUAAUAAAGUGCUCCUCUGCCUUCUUAACAACGCUAUCAACAAGGCAGGUCCUACAGGCCCUUGUUUUGUCGCACCUGGACUACUGUCCAGUCGUGUGGUCAGGUUCCACUAAGAGGGACUUAGGAAAAUUACAAUUGGCCCAGAACAGGGCAGCAUGGCUGGCCCUUAAAUGUAUACGGAGAGUUAACAUUAAUAAUAUGCAUGUCAAUCUCUCCUGGCUCAAAGUAGAGGAGAGAUUCACUUCAUCACUACUUGUAUUUGUAAGAAGUAUUGACAUGCUGUCUGUUUAAACAACUAGCACACAUCUCAGACACCCAUGCAUACCCCAAAGAUGCCACCAGAGGUCUCUUCACAGUCCAGAACAGACUAUGGGAGGUGCACAGUACUACAUAGAGCCAUGUCUACAUGGAACUCUAUUCCACAUCAAGUAACUCAUGCAAGCAGUAAAAUGUAAUAAAAAAAACAGAUAAAAAUACACCUUAUGGAAUAGCGGGGACUGUGAAGAGACACACACGCACAGACUCACGAAUACACACACACGAUAACAUACGCACUAUACACACACGUACACAUGGAUUUUGUGUUGUAUAUAUGUGUAGUGGCCUGAGGGCACACACUUAAUGUGUUGUGAAAUCUGUUGUGAAAUGUAAUGUAAUGUUUUUUAAAUUGUAUAUAACUGCAUUAAUGUUUGCUAGACCCCAAAAAGAGCCUUGGCAGCAGCUAAUAUAAAUACAUCCAACAGGGCUGAUUCUAAUUGACACUAACCAAUCCAUGUUAGAUAUGGAACUCUAAAAUGAUCAAGGUGUUUCCCAGAGGUCAUUCAGGUUGUUUAAUACUAAUGGCCGACAAUAAUACAUAUCUACCUAGAACUUGAAGCAUUCUCUGAUAGUGUUUCCCAACUCUGGUCUUUGAGUACCCCCAACAGUACAUAUUUUAGUUUUGGCCCCGGGACAAGCACACCUGAUUCUACUUGUCAAGUAAUUAUCAAGCUCAUUACAAGUUGAAUCAGGUGUUUUUGUCCGGGGCUACAACAGAAAUGUGUGCUGUUGGGGUACUCGAGGUCCGGAGUUGGGAAACACCGCACUAACACAACCCCAUCAGUGAUCCAUGAGAGGGAUCAGGGAUCUUCCAGCAGGUAGAUAUUGUUCAGUAAUGCAUCCCUCCCCUUGACGUUCUAUAGGACCCUGCUGUGGUGUUGUGUUGAAUAACUAGCUACGCCUCUGAGGAAGUUGACCCAAUGAAACUAUCCUGCUAAUCAGCUCAGCGGGGGCCUGAUCUGAGCAUGGAAGCCCUACUUAUGUAAAAGUCUAAGCAUGGGCUAGUAAAGCUAACCAGGGUGCACAGAAAGGGCAUUGUUAACCCCACAAGGCCUUCCAUUUGAAGAGGACACGUCACCCACACAACAUAUCCUUAGCGCAUUAACUCCAUUUCCACCUCUGUGUAACUCUUAUUCCCCACAUGAGCGAUUCGGGUGUCUGGUUUUCUCAGUGCUAGUUGUCGAGUGUCUGGCCAAGCUACCUGCUUUGUGAGGAGUGUCACAGAUAAAUAAGUAGGAAUAUUCCAUGAGUGAUGUUGAGACAAACAGGCAGAAGUCAUUUAGGCUGUCAGCUCUCAUCAUGCUGUUUCCAGUAAGGCCCUUUGUGAGGAGUGUGGUACAGGAGAUAGGGACUCGGCUCCCCGUCUUCAUUAUGACAUUGGCAUUUUCCCUUUAAAUGGCAGACUUCUUUUCUCUCUGCCGAGGGGAGAUAGCAGCAUGGUUCAUUUCAGAUCCAGGUCAAGUGUGGCUGUAAUGGUCUUGUAAACCAGGAACCUACUGUAGGCCUACACUGCUGAAACCCAUUUCGAAGUGCAAUGCAGAAUAUGUCUUUCAGAUGGGAUGGUUUCGCAGCUUGGAGCAAUAGUAAUGGUGGUAUAUAAAACAUAUAGUAUGUUGGUCUGCUGGUACUUCAUUCCACAAUUGAUUCAAUAGUUUUAUACCAUCUUAGAAGAAGAUAAGUAAUUUAAAAGCAGAAGGGGUUGAAUGUUUUAGUGCAUAUAAAUUGCAUGGAAUGAAACAGGGUGAAAAGUUAAUCUUUGCUUAGGUGAAACUAACACACGUGCGAGUACACAUGUCUACUGUUCAUGUGGUUAAAGUAAUGGAUGUUUGAAAUGGUAGGAGGGGUUGUUCACAUUGUAUGUUUGACCACUCUACUGCAUGUGUGCUAGCCAUAACUGUCUGGGACUAUGCACAUAUAUGGGCUAUGGUAAUGAUCAUGGAAAUGUAAUGAAAAGGUUUUGCCGUUUCAUUGACUGAUUAUUGACACCCAUUGAGACAGUUGUAACGUCUUGAACAGAUUAUGUAUUGCAGGGUUUCCCAAACUCGGUUCUGGCAAAUCUAGGACGCGUGCUCACUUUCGCAACACACGCAGCUGGUCAGGACAGCCCCAUUGAUUACAAGGGGGGGCAUUCACUUUUUUCUCAAAUGAUUAGUAGUUUAUGUCAUGGUGCUCUUUUAUUAAAAAGCUGUCACGUUUCGACCGUGAAGUCUUUAUCAAAGCAUAGCUUAUCAAAGACUCGUUGAUCACCUUGAAAGAAGUUCAACUCACUUUUGGUGUUUCCAGAGUUCAGUCACAUUCAUUUAGGUGAUGAAUCACCUGAGGCUGACAAUGUGAAGGCUUCUCAUGCCUCCUUCAUUUCUAAAUGUUUUGAACGAUGUUGGUGCACUGCAAUUAUCAAAUAAAAAUAAGAUGUUUUGUUACAUACACUGGAUAGGUGCAGUGAAAUGUGUUGUUUUACAGGGUCAGCCAUAGUAGUACGGUAUCCCUGGAGCAAACUAGCGUUACGUGCCAUGCUCAAGGGUAAAUGGACAGAUUUUUCACCUUGUCGGCUCGGGUAUUUGAACCAGCGACCUUUCGGUUAUUGGCCCAACGCUCUAACCGCUAGGUUACCUGCCUCCCUAUCAUCUGUUAAUGUUCAUCUCUCUUGAUAAACACCCUCAAACAUCAAAAACUCUCUGACACACAUGCUCAUGCCUGGUCAGGUAGCUCCUAAAAGCCGAUAGGAAUGGCAUAUUUCUGGACCUCAUUGGUUAUUCCAAAACAACAGAUGCGCACAAGCAGCAGCCUGAUUGUUUCAUUUGCUGACUGUUCCAAUACAAAAUGCCUAAUACAUGACAGAACAGCUGCUUGUGCCGAUGGCCUACUCAUUAGCAUAUUUAAUGAUCAAAUGCAGCCCUGACCCCAUUAAGCCUGUUGUAAAUGAAUGAAAUGCUGGAUUUGGUGCUGGAUCCUACUGUGUUUUUGGUAACAGAUUGCUGUUAUUGACGUAUAAUGCUUUAAUUGCUCAAUUAUUCCAUUCCCGGCCCCACAGGGAUUCACUCGCUAAUAUCGAGGUGAUGCAACUGGACUUUGAGAUGGAGAACUUCACCAGCCAAUCGGUCACCAGGAGGAUCAACUGGAACAUUGACUACCGCGGCCAGAACCCGCCUCCGGACUCGGAGAAGGUGGUGACUGAGUUGACCGUGGUGCAGAAGGACAUCCAGGCUAUCAUCCCACUCUCCAUGGUGAGUAACCUGUGACAUAACAUACGGUAUGCUAUAAUAGUGUUCAUAUCAGUUGAAUCUGUCCAUUGUUACACUUUCCACAACUGUUCAAUUCAGAUCUCUCAUGCAAGAAAAUAAGUUUGCCUCCAGUUUCAUUAAAGGACCUUCGAUCCCCAUUGUCAUAAAUAAGCAUGCUUAUCAACACUUGAGGUUCUCUCUCACUAGCUCGAUGCACCUGCUAAGAGAAGGCUGCCAAGGCCACCAAGUAAUGGCACAUCAUGCUAAGAGUCUGUCUGGCCCCUCCACUCCUAUCUCAUGAAAAGGGGCAAUUACUAUAGUAGGCAGUAAAAUCCGAUUGUGGAAACGAGGGACAUUAAAUAAGUAAUAGGAAGGUAGAGGGCCAGUCCUGAAGGGUCAAGUCGCCUCCUAUGUGGUUUCACCUCCCCUUACUUGGUGAAGGGAGCCUGUGGAAAGUCUCUAGAAGUCUCAGGGGGAGAGACUUCAUUAUUUGGAUAUUACAAUUCAACUGCUUGGGUAAAUGUUAUAAUGACACUUAGCUCUCUCAGCCCAGGUACUGAAGACACGUUUUUUACACACUCAACUACAGAGGUUAAUAAGCAAAGAGGAACAUGACCUCGGUGUGCUUUGAGGGCUUUGUUAGAGGUGUCAGGCAGAGCGAUGAGGAUAGGAGUUCAGCUGAAAGGAGCCGGGGUCAUAGAAAGGCCAACGCGUGAGGAAUAGCAAAAAAUAGCAACAGCCGAGACAACCUGCGCCAUUUCAUUCAUUAUCAGCUGCAGUGUUUCACUGUUUCUCCUUCAUGUACUGUUGUGUAGAGGAGAGAAAGAGACUGCGUCCCAAUUGGCACCUUAUUCCCUUCAUAGUGCACUACUUUUGACCAGGACCCAUAGGACUCUGGUCAAAAGUAAUGCACUAUAUAGGGAAUAGGGUGCCAUUUGACCCAGGCAGAAUCUAAUGCCACACAUUCUCAGGUCUCUCUGUCUAAUUAUUGUAACAGUAACAGUAGCAGCAAGGCAGUAGACAUAAUGCACUCAGCACUUUGUGUCUAACACUGCACACAGCCUCUAAGAGCUUGAUAGAAACCAGAAGGCUUCUGCUACCACUGCACACAGCCUCUGAGAGCUUGAAAGAAACCAGAAGGCUUCUGCUACCACUGCACACAGCCUCUGAGAGCUUGAUAGAAGCCAGAAGGCUUCUGCUACCACUGCACACAUCCUCUGAGAGCUUGAAAGAAACCAGAAGGCUUCUGCUACCACUGCACACAUCCUCUGAGAGCUUGAAAGAAACCAGAAGGCUUCUGCUACCACUGCACACAGCCUCUGAGAGCUUGAAAGAAACCAGAAGGCUUCUGCUACCACUGGACACAUCCUCUGAGAGCUUGAAAGAAACCAGAAGGCUUCUGCUACCACUGCACACAACCUCUGAGAGCUUGAUAGAAACCAGAAGGCUUCUGCUACCACUGGACACAUCCUCUGAGAGCUUGAAAGAAACCAGAAGGCUUCUGCUACCACUGGACACAUCCUCUGAGAGCUUGAUAGAAACCAGAAGGAUUCUGCUACCACUGCACACAUCCUCUGAGAGCUUGAUAGAAACCAGAAGGCUCAGAUCAGUAUUUGUUCUGCAGCCACUGAUUUGGGAAACAGCAGGAUGAGGCAAUCUGGGGAGAAAAACACAAGAUGCAUUUUACCUUGAGUAACAAAAAAACGAAACAGACGAGGGACAAGAACAUGGCAAGCCAUGUGCACAAAAUGAAUCCCCUCUCUGAUUUAGUCCUAGCAUGAACAAAUGAGGGAGAGAGGGAGGGAGGCGUGAGGGAGAAAGAGAGGGAUGGAGAAAAAAAACAAAUCCCAGGACGUGAAAGCUUUGCUAAGCAGAUUCACUGCCAGCCAGAGCUGAGCCACUACAACUGGGGAGGAGGAGGCGAGGGAGUGGGGAGAUGGUAGCGAGGGAGGGGGGAGGAGGAGGAACGAAGGAGGUGGGUGAAUUUACAGUGCAGAGUAGUGGUGUCUUCCAGGAGGAUGUGGUUAAAUCAGGCUCCAUCACAUUAGUCCUGUCAGGGCCCCAGCCAGGUCCACCUGGCCCCUACAGUCUUGGCGCAAUUACCACCCCGCGUCAGAGAGCCCUCUCAGGGGCUUCUUAUUAACGAGGGAUGGGGGAGGUGGAGAGGGAGAUGAGGAGGGGAAUAGCGGGGUACUGUGUUGCUGGCUCCACCACUGCUUCUUGCUGCCGCAGUAGCGAACAGAUAAUAAAUAAAACAUGGGCGUUGUCUUUGCCGAGGCCCUUGUGGCACGAAGUCGCACGGCGCACACACACAAGUGCAUACACCACAGGUUUUGCGCGUCUGACGUGGCGUUUCAAUAAUUUCCAUGAGGAGUGGGAAGUGAGAGCCGUGGCGCAGAAAGCAGCAGAGGUUUGGCUUUGAUAUGUUUCGCUGGCUAAUCGGCUCGGUCUUAAGGCCUCCAUCAAAACUCAACAACUGUGGAGCUGUCAAGCUUCAUUCAUUCUCUCACUGCUUGUCAUUUGGUUACUUGGAUUAAAGUGUACCCUGCUUCUUUCAUUUCCCCUGUUUAAAUCUAAAACAACACUGUUCACAUGGACGAAGCUAAACUAGUAGUCGUUAAUCGACAAACUAGUCGUUGUUAUAGGAGCAGUAUAAUAAAAUGUUUUAUUUCCGCAGUGUAUUAUUAUAUUAGACUGAUAGUUGUCUCAGUCCCGUUUAUUGGGGCUGGAGUAGUCGUGUCUUGUGUGUACACUAACAGAUCGUUUUCUUACUGUGUGUCUUAGUACAUGGAGUAUAAAAGCGUUAACCUUGGCGCUUGCAACGCCAGGGUUGUGGGUUCGUUUCCCACGGGGGGCCAGUAUGAAAAUGUAUGCACUCACUAACUGUAAGUCGCUCUGGAUAAGAGCGUCUGCUAAAUGACUAAAAUGUCAAAUGUAAAUGUUUCACAGGCUAUAAAAUGUUUGAUGACUUUGAAAUCCCCUCCUGCGUGUUAUUGAUAGCUCUCCCCCUACUGUGUUCACGAUAAGCUCUCACUCAUUACUCCGGACACUGUGGCUACCACUUAAUGCCACCAUAAAUUCUCAGGCCCCCAUUCACAUUUUGCACAUUAGCUGGGCAACAGAAUACCAUUGGCACGUGAAAAUGAGAAACAUAGAUGUUUUACUAUAAGGUGGCAGUUGCGGUUUGUUGAGAAGAAAAAGAGUUGAGCUCUUUUCUGCGUCCCAUAAUUUGUCAAUGUCAGAGGACUCUCAAUUCAACGUCUAUUCCAUGUUGGUUCAACGUAAUUUCAAUGAUAUAUUGUGGAAACAACAUUGAUUUAACCAGUGUGUGCCCAGUGGGCUGUCAUUGGUCUGCAGUGGCUAUUCUUUAGCAGGAAACUCAGAGGCUAGGUUUAACACAUUUUCCUCACUGGAUAAUUACUUGACAAGCAUAUUGUAUUAUGAACAAAUGUAUCAACAGGUAAAAUGUCAUCAAUAUUCAAAUAGAGCACCAGCUAAUUUGAUUUGGGCAGGACCUGACCAUUGUGAGUUCUUCUAGAUUUUAAAUCAUUCUAGCUUCAAAGGUUCUAGUUUCAAAUCGUUUGGAAGUUAUAUUGUGAGAUUACCUGCUAUGGACAGCAGUAAGUCAUACAGUAUGUAUUGGUUUUUGAAGGGCACACACAACCUAAGAUUUGCACUCAUUGUCAGUGAGCAUAGGCAUGUAUCACGCCAAGUAAACUCUCCUAUUUGAGUGCCAGCUUUAGGGCACUGCAAAUUAGAGGAGGUCAUCAACAUAAAUGCCUCCAGAAGCAACAUUAUUACUCUUUUAGAUGCUGCAUUCUUUUAGAUUACACCACAUUAAGUAAUACUGUUUUGCCUCUAAGACUUGAGCAUGGUGGUGUUUUGAUUGAAGUCAAAGGAACAUUUACAUGAUUUGGGUUUUCUCUAGGGGGCCACGAGGGACACAAAUUAGAGUGCAACUCCUUACCCCCGCAUAGCCCAAAAUAAUGAAUUUAUUAACAGUCGCCCAAUUCAAGGCUCAGUGCUCAUUUAAAUUGGCUGUUUCUAUAUCACUGGAGUCAUGAUAAAAGUGUAAAUCUGCUGACGGACUUGGCCCUGUUUAUAAUCAGUUCUCAAGUCAGUUUUUAGUCCCCAGCAAUGAGAUUUCAGGAAUUUAUUAGCAACACUAGACUUCAUAGUUGUUGUUUGAUGCCUUAGUUCACAGAUUCACUAACAGUAACCAAGAUUGUGAGGACAAAUACAAAGGUUUUGAGGACAACGUUAUGUUUUAUAGGGCCAUUAAAAUAUACUUUCCUUUGUCACUUCUUCAUUUUUGCAUCCGCUUGAUGAAGAAGGAAUUACUUAGCAUACAUUGUCAACGCGAACUUCUUUCCUUUUUGUUCUAGCGUCAUUUGGAGCAGAAUGCAGCUCGGAGGGGAAAACAUAUAUUUUUUAAACAUUCCCUUUGUGCAGUACAGGAAAUGUUGAACUUGUAGUAUAUUUCAGCUUUAAAAAGGCUUCUGAAGUUUGUAAUUUCCACUUUUAAAUUUCCGAGCUGAUUUACCCUUACGAAAAUGUAUCAACCCCUACAAAAAUGUCUAUUAUAAUGUCAGUUAUAAUCCACAUAACAAUUCACAUUUCCUGUCGAUACAGGAUUAUUUUCCUGCUGUAGCAAACUCAAAAUAAGAUCCUACGUCUGUACUUUGAGUGAUGAAAUGGAUCAAAAUCAAACCCGGCCGACCAUUGAGAAUGGCUUCCAGUGGAACUCUUCUGGACUUUAUUUUUGAAAAGUACAUAUUGGAAGUACCCGGUGAAAUAUAAUAGCGAUGGACACUAUCUAACACUGUUUCAUGUUUGUUCCCUCUCUCCUUUAAACUCUACAGGACACCGAAAUCAUUAACACUGCGAUACUGACCGGCCGAACCGUGGCCAUUCCCGUGAAAGUGGUCUCUAUUGAAAUGAGUGGAGUCGUCACAGAUGUCUCGUCCUUCGUAGAGUGCAAGUCAUCUAACGAAGACAUUGUCAAGGUAUGGUACAGUAGAUUCCCACUUAGGUUGCAAAAUUCCAGUAACUUUCCCCAAAUUCCCAGGUUUUCACUAUUGGGAUUUCUGGAAAACCUGAGAAUUCUGGGGGAAAUUACCAGAAUUUUGCAACCCUAUCCCUCUGAGAAUGAUCUUGGUAAUGCAUCUGAUACCAAAUGGAAUCCCAGCUCACUCGUACACACCCUAAUGGACCUGCAGCACACUUUAAUAUACCAUCAUGCGAACAUCAAAACCUCAUUAUAUGGCUGUCCCACCACGGACUAAUCAAUGGAUGUUCAUACUGGUACACCAAAAUCAAUAGGCUACAAAGCACAGUAAUAGCUAUGAAGGAUGCUUUUGAAACACUUCUCUUCUCUAGUCUAGUCUGGCCUAGUCUGGUCUAGUCUGGUUGCCACCAUGUCUCCAGACCUUAGAGUUUACUUUAGCUGCAUUAUCUGGUGCAAGGCAUCCAUUUCCAUUGACUUAAGUACUUUACACCACUGCAGUCAUCCUACAUGGCCAAGGUAGCGUCCCAAAUGGCACCCUAUUCCCUAUUUAGUGCACACAUUUUUACCAGAGGCCCUGGUCAAAAUUACUACACUAAAUAUGGAAUAGGGUGCCAUUUGGGACGCUACCUUGGCCAUGUAGGAUGACUGCAGUGGUGUAAAGUACUUAAGUAAAAAUACUUGAAAGUACUACUUAAGUAGUUUUUUAGGGUAUCUGUACUUUACUUUACUAUUUAUCUUUUUGACAACUUUUACUUUUACUUAAGUAUAUUUAAAACCAAAUACUUUUAGUCUUUUACUCAAGUAGUAUUUUACUGGGUGACUUUCACUUUUACUUGAGUCAUUUUCUAUUAAGGUAUCUUUACUUUUACUCAAGUAUGACAAUUGGGUACUUUUUCCACCACUGGAUGACUGGAGGCAAGGAGACGAUGCUAGUGUCCUGGGAUGAGUCACAAACACAACUCUGGCCCGUUGGGAGCCCACAGUGGUAGAAUACAACAUCAACUCCCAUUUGUGGAUUAAAGAAGGACCAACAUUUUGCCAGCAUACCCCAUAAUCAGCAGGGGUAAAUCCCAUUUAGCUGUAGAAAGAGUUGAAUACAGGAGGCUGCAACCUCUGAAAUGUAAUCCAACAUUAUUUGUUGAUUCUCUCGGAGCACGUUUGAUGAUGGCAUCACAACACCUUACAGAACAUGUGAGAAAAUUAUACGUGAUAAAGAGAGAAAAAUGAUACAACAUUUUCUUACGUUGAUUUAAGCGUUUCCGUUCGUUUGAGAUUAUCACCUGGGAUUAUCGAAAGCAGAAUGCACAAUAAUAAAUGCAAAUGUGUUCAGAAUAAGUGGAGGGAAAAGCAUCAAUUGUAAAAUACAGCAAGAAUAUACAGACCACUCCUGAUCUUAUUCUGACAUUCAUAUUUGUGUUAAGACUAUGAUCUAUAUAUCAGAGCGCAAAUCAAAAGCAUGACAUUUUGCCAUUAAUCUGUUUGUGAGAAGGUUUAGAAUGGUUUCAAGGCGCGCUGCAUUAGCUCGUGUUAUUGAAUAGGCCUCGCUUCACUGCCCAUGCCAUUGAACUUUGGAGGCUAAUGCAAGAUGAGGCCUUCAAGCCGAGACGUAUAUGAGCCCUGACAGUUCUAUAAAACACUCCACCCAAUACGAAAGAAAGGUUCAUAAAGACGAUCCACAAAGGUUGUGUGGUUGUGUCAUCUCCCCCUUGCAUUUUGUGGUGCCACAUUAUUCAUACACAGCACUCUAAUGCAGAUCUGUUCUAAUCAGAUUACUCUAUUCUAUUAUUCUAUUUGCGUAGCCUAGGUGAAUCUGUGGAACACUCCAAACUAUAGGCUUUGCUCGGUUUAUAAGUAAAACACAUAGAGAAUGUAUUGUCAUAUAAACCAAGCUGCACCAUGUGCACAUACUGUAGGCUGCUUAAUUUUUGGGAUGUUUUUUUAAACAAAGCAUUUAUUUUAUAUUUUUUUCUUUGGCUAUUCGCCAACCUACCAUUGUUCUGUUUUUGUUCCCAACUUCUGGAAAAGGUUAUGCUGCUCUCAUUUCUCUUUGCUGAGGCGUUUAUUUGUUUGUUUGUUUCUCCUCCUUUGAAAUAAAUAGGCCACAGUAUAUGUCAGCGCUGGCGGAUAACCCAAUCCCAUUUGACUGUACAGUGGUGUGUGUGUGUGUGAGCACAGUAGGAUGGGUUGGUUAUUAAAGCACACAUCUGUGCUCUGCUCAGAUGGGGUUUAUUGUGCUAUUUUAUGUUGUGUUGUGCAGGGUGGGGAGGAAGGCACAGGGAUGGGAGAGGGAGGCUGGGCGAGAGGAGGAGAGGGCUGAGGACCCUGUGGGGAUUUGUCAGCGAGCGGGAGACAUGACUCCCCCAGCUGAUCCUUUCUCCCAGGGCUGUGUGUGCGCGUCACUGUGGCCAUCUGAGGCGGCGGCGGAGCGCCCUGUUCCAUGCCAGUGGUCAUCCAACCCUUGCCCUGCCAAGCCCUCGGUUUCCUCCAUUCUGCACUCACACCAAUGUGACACAUUCACCUUCAGCCAACGACCAGGCUUAAAUAAGAAAGGCUUUGUGAGGCAGUGAGAUAAGUACACCUGAGUGGUCUAGUGUCUUCAUUGUUGUCUGUUGUGCUAUUGUAUAUGAGAGGUCUUGAAGAAGUUUGUAUUAUUGUUGAUGGCCUCACAAUGAGGACAUAAUCCAGUCAAUGAGAGCAUGCAGGCCCAGAAAUCAUUUUUUAUGAUUAUAUCCUACUACAAACUGGUUUUGAGAGAUUAAGCAAUGAAACGCAUUGUGUUUCACAAAGAGCUCCUUCAGUCGAUUAAUUAGUUAUAGGGUAUUUUUAAAGAGAAGUCUAUUGAUUAUCUUACUGUACCUUCCAUCAAUCAAAGUAGGUUUUCAUAAUGGCCACUACAGGGCAACAGUAACCCAACUGGGGUGUGUUCAUUGGGCACCAAACGAAAAGUUAAACAAACUGAAACAGGGACGGACUACCGGAACUUGUACCAGAACGCUUGAUUUCGCUUUCUGUUGCAAAACAUUUUAAAAUGUUUUCUGUUGCGUGCGCUAAUGAACACAGCCCAAGUUAUGCUUUUUUUUCCAUCUGCUCCACCUCCAGGAAGAAAACAGGUGGCAUUGAUAGGCCUAAAUCCUGUUUGGAGGCACAUGUUGUAGUUAAGCGUGUAAGCAGAGGCGAGCCAGCAUGGGAUCUACAUCACUAAAAGGUGCUCAUUGUUUCUCAUUAGAUCCAUACGCGUUAGUCAGUAGAAUAAAUACUAUCAGGUCAAAUGAACCCCACCAACCUUCUGUGUUCCACAUGCAUGCGCCUCAACGUGCAUUAAUAGUACGUUAAACCCAAACAACCCUUAAGCCACCCGUGGAAAAACAAAGCCCCACAAUACAGUAUUGGAAUCCAUUUUGUUAUCAGAGCUGCCAAGGAGUAAAGAUAUGGAUAUAAUGUGCUGCAGGCGGGUGGUGAUCCUUUUUGAUCCUGAAUCUCUGUCUGUUGGUUUAAACUGAGCCUGGAUGCCGCCCUAGCGGGUAGUGCCUGCCCUGUCUUCCUUUGCCCGACCCUACCAAGGCAAUCUGUUGGCACCAUGGAAGGUGCCACAGCACAUUAGAGGGCUGUGUAGCAAUGACAGCUUGUGGCUCCAUGCAUGAGAGCACUUUCACGGGCCCCGCUGGGCUACUGACACCCGUAGUCGUUAACAGCUUUUGACUCGCAAUUAGCCAGCCAAGUUUAUUAGCUGCCUGCAGGAGCUGGGAUCGUUUAUGCUAGCGCAGUUAGCAAGGGUGAGUGAGAGUGAUAGGGAGGCUGGUGUUAGCAUUGUAGCGAUGGGGAGGCCUAGAGUGGUAGAUCACAGGUGGGAGGGGUCACUGUGUUUGACGGUAGCUAAUCUUGUCUUUCUGUCUCUGUGUGUGUGUGUGUGUGUGUGUGUGUGUGUGUGUGUGUGUGUGUGUGUGUGUGUGUGUGUGUGUGUGUGUGUGUGUGUGUGUGAAUGUAGGGGUGCAGGUACACUACAUGACCAAAAGUAUGUGGACACCUGCUCGUCGUACAUCUCAUUCCAAAAUCAUGGGCAUUAAUAUGGAGUUGGUCCCCCCUUUGCUGCUAUAACAGCCUCCACUCUUCUGGGAAGGCUUUCCACUAGAUGUUGGAACAUUGCUGGGGGACUUGCUUCCAUUCAGCCACAAGAGCAUUAGUGAGGUCGGCACUGAUGUUGGGCGAUUAGGCCUGGCUCUCAGUUGGCGUUCCAAUUGCGCCCAAAGGUGUUCGAUGGGGUCGGGGGUUCUGUGCAGGCCAGUCAGUUUCUUCCAGACCGAUCUCGACAAACCAUUUCUGUAUGAACCUCGCUUUGUGCAAGGGGGCAUUGUCAUGCUGAAACAGGUAAGGGCCUUUCCCAAACUGUUGCCACAAAGUUGGAAGCACAGAAUCGUGAUUCAUCACUCCAGAGAACGCGUUUCCACUGCUCCAGAGUCCAAUGGCGGUGAGCUUUACACCACUCCAGCCAAUGCUUGGCAUUGCGCAUGGUGAUCUUAGGCUUGUGUGCGGCUGCUCGGCCAUGGAAACCCAUUUCCUGAUGCUCCCGAUGAACAGUUAUUGUGCUGACGUUGCUUCCGGAGGCAGUUUGGAACUCAGUAGUGAGUGUUGCAACCGAGGACAGACGAUUUGUACGCGUUACGGGCAUCAGCACUCGGCGGUCGCGUUCCGUGAGCUUGUGUGGCCUACCACUGCGCGGCUGAGCAGUUGUUGCUCCUAGACAUUUCCACUUCACAAUAACAGCACUUACAGUUGACCGGGGCAGCUCUAGCAGGGCAGAAAUUUUACGAACUGACUUGUUGGAAAGGUGGCAUCCUAUGACGGUGCCAUGUUGAAAGUCACUGAGCUCUUCAGUAAGGCCAUUCUACUGCCAAUGUUUGUCUAUGGAGAUUGCAUGGCUGUGUGCUCAAUUUUAUACACCUGUCAGCAACGGGUGUGGCUGAAAAGGACCAAUCCACUAAUAUGAAGGGGUGUCCACAUACCUUUGUAUAGAUAGUGUAUGUCCUUUGCUCUGUACAGUAUCUAAGCCUGGCAAGCAAGAACCUAAUUAUCAUAAUUCAGUAUGAAAAAAGUAUAUUACCCUGAUUCCAGCUGACAUCCCAGAUCUCUGCCAGAGAAUGAUGAUCCCAAAAUCCCACAAAGGUGUCUAAAGACGUUGAAGUCUCAUAGCAGAUCAUCUGAAAACUUCAUUUACCAGAAGAAGGGAAACUAGGGAAAAUACUAAUCUCUCUCCUCUAUCUGAAGGCUUCCCACCCAGCCUGUAUGGAUUGCAGAGAGGAGAGGCCUGUCUGGAUGGACUGGGUGUUUUAUUACCCCCCCUUAUGAUGAAUCCCCAACCCUGAGAAGACUGGAGAGCCCGACCUCCAUUUGCAGGAGAUUAGCUCCUCUGAUUACAGUGUCAGCUGCCUCCUACUGCCAGAUAAAUCAUCAAUGGUAUCCCAAAAGCAAACCCUGCUAUCUAUUACAGUAAAUAAUUUAGUAUUAAAGGGAUGGGUAUUUAUGAGAAAUUCCGCGCUGGGUGAUUUCUUGGAGACAACUGCAGGAUAAAAAAUAAAUAAACAGAAUUUUGUGUGUGGGCACCUGGUGUAUUAAGCUUUCAUAUUCUAUGAAUAAUUUGUUGCCAAAAAGCUUGUGUUAGUAUAUAUAUUCUGCAAUGUGUCUCUGCAUAAUUGUGUAUAAUCAUUACACUGAAAAUAGUGGUGGGUGGGGGGUGAUCGUGGACCUGAUUUUUAAAGGCUUAGAGUAGACUGUACUUUGGGCCAAUUUAUCCACUCAAGAAGAGACUCAAAUUAGAUAGGAGAAAACCCUCAAGUAGUGUUGUUUACACUGUGUUCCCAGAUAUUUCAAAUUAUGACAAAAAUAUAGCUUCUCGUGGCAAAAUAUUGGAACAUUCACAAAGGAGGAUUAUUGUGACCUAAUAAUAGUACACAUUCCACAUUAAAAUAAUCUGUAAGCGAAAAGGAAGACAUGGUUUCCCUGUUUCCUUUAGCGGAAUCUAAGAAAAGCUGUGCACCAGCAAAUCCAAUGUAAUAAACUAGGUGGUGGACUCUACUCCUGCAUCCAUACUGUACUAUAUCACUUGUAUCACCUGUCAACGGCAGAUGCAUUAUCAUAUACAGUGGGGGAAAAAAGUAUUUAGUCAGCCACCAAUUGUGCAAGUUCUCCCACUUAAAAAGAUGAGAGAGGCCUGUAAUUUUCAUCAUAGGUACACGUCAACUAUGACAGACAAAAUGAGAAAAAAAAAAUCCAGAAAAUCACAUUGUAGGAUUUUUAAUGAAUUUAUUUGCAAAUUAUGGUGGAAAAUAAGUAUUUGGUCAAUAACAAAAGUUUCUCAAUACUUUGUUAUAUACCCUUUGUUGGCAAUGACACAGGUCAAAUGUUUUCUGUAAGUCUUCACAAGGUUUUCACACACUGUUGCUGGUAUUUUGGCCCAUUCCUCCAUGCAGAUCUCCUCUAGAGCAGUGAUGUUUUGGGGCUGUCGCUUGGCAACACAGACUUUCAACUCCCUCCAAAAAUUUUAUAUGGGGUUGAGAUCUGGAAACUGGCUAGGCCACUCCAGGACCUUGAAAUGCUUCUUACGAAGCCACUCCUUCGUUGCCCGGGUGGUGUGUUUGGGAUCAUUGUCAUGCUGAAAGACCCAGCCACGUUUCAUCUUCAAUGCCCUUGCUGAUGGAAGGAGGUUUUCACUCAAAAUCUCACGAUACAUGGCCCCAUUCAUUCUUUCCUUUACACGGAUCAGUCGUCCUGGUCCCUUUGCAGAAAAACAGCCCCAAAGAAUGAUGUUUCCACCCCCAUGCUUCACAGUAGGUAUGUUGUUCUUUGGAUGCAACUCAGCAUUCUUUGUCCUCCAAACACGACGAGUUGAGUUUUUACCAAAAAGUUAUAUUUUGGUUUCAUCUGACCAUAUGACAUUCUCCCAAUCCUCUUCUGGAUCAUCCAAAUGCACUCUAGCAAACUUCAGAUGGGCCUGGACAUGUACUGGCUUAAGCAGGGGGACACGUCUGGCACUGCAGGAUUUGAGUCCCUGGCGGCGUAGUGUGUUACUGAUGGUAGGCUUUGUUACUUUGGUCCCAGCUCUCUGCAGGACAUUCACUAGGUCCCCCCGUGUGGUUCUGGGAUUUUUGCUCACCGUUCUUGUGAUCAUUUUGACCCCACGGGGUGAGAUCUUGCGUGGAGCCCCAGAUCGAGGGAGAUUAUCAGUGGUCUUGUAUGUCUUCCAUUUCCUAAUAAUUGCUCCCACAGUUGAUUUCUUCAAACCAAGCUGCUUACCUAUUGCAGAUUCAGUCUUCCCAGGCUGGUGCAGGUCUACAAUUUUGUUUCUGGUGUCCUUUGACAGCUCUUUGGUCUUGGCCAUAGUGGAGUUUGGAGUGUGACUGUUUGAGGUUGUGGACAGGUGUCUUUUAUACUGAUAACAAGUUCAAACAGGUGCCAUUAAUACAGGUAACGAGUGGAGGACAGAGGAGCCUCUUAAAGAAGAAGUUACAGGUCUGUGACAGCCAGAAAUCUUGCUUGUUUGUAGGUGACCAAAUACUUAUUUUCCACCAUAAUUUGCAAAUAAAUUCAUUAAAAAUUCUACAAUGUGAUUUUCUGGAGAAAAAAAAUUCUCAAUUUGUCUGUCAUAGUUGACGUGUACCUAUGAUGCAAAUUACAGGCCUCUCUCAUCUUUUUAAGUGGGAGAACUUGCACAAUUGGUGGCUGACUAAAUACUUUUUUUCCCCACUGUAUAUUGACCCUUAACCUUUGUUUUUCACAGGUGUCCAUGAAUUGUGACUACGUGUUUGUGAAUGGGAAGGAGACGCGGGGCUCCAUGAACGCCCGGGUCAUCUUCAGCUACGAGCACCUCAGUGCCCCUCUGGAGCUGACCGUGUGGGUGCCCAAACUCCCCCUUCAAGUGGAACUGUCCGACAGCAACCUGAGCUUCAUCAAGGGCUGGAGGGUACCCAUUCUUCCUGACCGCAGGUAGGACUCACCAACACACUAAACACAGCUCCCCUCUGUGGUGUAGUGUUAGAGUGGAGAGCACUGCUGUUUUAGAGCUGAUGUUUCUUGUAUUUAUUUUGAGUUCAUUUUGAGGUUACUGCACUCUAGUGUGGUUUGCUGCACUCUAGUCUGGUUUGCUGCACUCCAGCUGAGACACUAGCCUAGAUGUUGUUGUCUUUCUCAACUUAGAUGUUUUUGCUCUUUACCCCUUGCGUCUGUCAUGUAUCGUUUCAAUUGUGCACCCCAUGUUUUGCUUGUGUCGUGUGUUACAUGUCGUCCUAGGGACAUAAUUGUAAGGAAAUCUGCCUAAGCAAUGUUUAGGCCUCUUAGGCAUUAUCUUUAUUUGCACAACUACAGCCUGUGCACGCGUUUUAUUAGAGUUUAAGCCAACCCAUGAUUUCAGGUGAUCAAACGUAUCUCUCUUAAUUAAUUGAACUAAACUAAGACGUUUGGCUGAGAACAGGACGUUAAGCAAAUUCCAGACCAGACUGACAGUAAAUUCACGGCAAGCUUUUAGGGCCGGUUUCCCAGACACAGAUUAAACCUAGUUCUGAAAAACCUAUUUCAAAAGAGUUUCUCGAUUGAGAAUGUUUUUUAAUCCUGGACUAGGCUUAGUCAGUGUCCGGGAAACAGGCCGCUAAAGUUUCAAAUGUUCUGAACCAUGAACCGCAAUGAACUACAUUAACUACUAUGUCUUCAUAUUUUUGUAGGGAAUAGGAAAAAAACAUAACUGCAGAAGGCUUUUUAUGGUUGAUUUUGUUUUUGAAUGGCGAGUGAAUUGUACCACCAAAAUUCAUUACGCCAUUUUGGCAAAACAUUAAGCACUUAACUAGAUGUUUGCGAUGUUGUCAGAACAAGGACAAAAAAACACCUCACUGUGCAUUAAACACUUAGAUGUUUUUUUUUACAACAGAUCCCGCCAAAGCUACGCUAUUAAUUUAGCUGUCAUUUAAUCGCCUUUUAUUUGGUCUCCCCUCAGAACACAAGCCAUUUGGCUCACUUCUCACUCUCUCAUCUCUCGCUCUCUCAUAUCUCUCGCUCUAUCUCCCUCUAUCUCCUCUAACACAACACUAGUUGAAGCCCUAAGCUUUAUCAAGGGCCAGGUCUCUUGGACCGCAAUGUGUGUCUUUGCUACAUUGCAGCUGCAUUGCUCACUGGCUGUGUUAUCCAGUAAUGUGUUCUAAAAGAGGAAAGAAGUGUAAUCGGGUAGGCCGGCCGAUGUGCAGCAAAGCUCCAGCGCGAUCGGGUGUAUCAAAGAUCCUAAUAUGAACAGACACUCCUCUGAAGAAAAAUAAAUAUAGGUAUGGCCUUAACAUGGUAAACUCUCUGACCUGAGCAAAGAGUCAUGAAGAGAGUCACGCUGUCUCUCGGGUUUACCCUAGUCUUAACUGAACACUCUUGUCUACACUCUUGUCUCUCCACUGCUAUUGUGGCUUUGUUGUACAAGCUGAGAAACACAGGCGAACGGCACCUUUUAGCCUUAAAUGUCAAGUGUUAGCCGGCCUGGGUACGUGAUGCAUGUUCGAGUAUUGUCAGACCUUUUAGGGAACACGGGACAGGCCUGCUUGAUAUUCAGGCGGGCUUUGGGAAUCAAUGGGUGGGAUAUGCUUUGUCAGUCACUGACAGCCUGCUGGCACUCCUGCAUCUUAAGUUAUCUGAAAGGAUAAGUCAAAGCAAAGAUUAAUUAGCCUUGGGAAUGGAGGAGAGCUUUUUAGCAUUUAAGAGGAAAGCCAGCAGCUUGUCAGGCUGUUGAGAAAAGUUUGGCAAGUAUUACAUCUUCUGGAGGAACAUAUUGGGCUUCGUUGGGAUGCACUGGUCGUGUUCUCCUCCUGUCCAUCUAAGCAUCCGUUGAUUUAGGAAUGGAAGGCACACAUCCAAAUCUUGCUUGUUUGGAAGUUUUUGGAGGAGUUUCGUGCUGGCUUGGAUAACUUUUCCCUCGCAAAGGACACAUUGGAACAGACACUGUAAAAGAUGUCCUCCACAUGGAUUAGUGUUGGGCCUCUCAUCAAAUCAAGUGCUAAAUUAUAUAAUGAUAAGAAGCAAUUAAGAACAUAAGCUCCCAAAACAGGAUGCAGGAUUUAACUACACUACAGCAUCUUCCACAAACAUAUUGAGUUACAAGAUGCAUCAAUAAAGGCUAUGAUAAGCCAUUGAGCUACUGCUGAAACGGCUUCAUAAAUAGUACAGCAAAUACAUUUUUACAUGGUUACCCUUACUUUGUUGUUGUACACUUUGACACUGGUUACGGUAUUGACACAGGUAAUGGUAUUGACACUGGUAUUGACACUGGUAAUAGUAUUGAUACCGGCAGCGGUAUUGAUACUGGUAAUGAUAUUGACAAUGGUUACGGUUUUUACACUAUUAACAUAAUUGACACAGUUUCUCGCUCUCGCUCUCUCUCUCGCUCUCUUUCGCUCUCUCUGUCUUUGUCUCAGGAGUGCCAGAGACAGUGACACAGAUGACGACGAGGACGACCGGCGGGUGAGCCGGGGCUGCACCCUGCAGUACCAGCGUGCCCUGGUCAAGGUGCUGACCCAGUUCCACACCACCUCCACCGAGGGCACCGACCAGGUCAUCACCAUGCUGGGGCCCGACUGGCAGGUGGACGUGACUGACCUGGUUCAGGACUCGCUGAAGGUGGUUGACCCCAGGAUAGCCGAGCUGGUAGACCGCACCGUGCUGGUGGGCCUGGAGCUGGGGUCCACUGUACUGAAGGUAUGGAAACUUGGCUAGGUCGCCAAAGUCUGUAAAAAGGAAAUUUUUUUAUUUUUUUUUGUCAUUUAGCAGACGCUCUUAUCCAGAGCGACUUACAUGAGCAAUUAGGGUUAAGUGCCUUGCUCAAGGGCACAUCGACAGAUUUUUCACCUAGUCGGCUCAGGGAUUAGAACCAGCGACCUUUCGGACGCUCUUAACCACUAAGCGACCUGCCACUUCUUUCAAUUGUCUCCUUUACUUUAUAGGUGUUCGCCCACUCAUAAAUGUUAUAGGCUAGGGCACUAGAGGCAAAUAGUAAAUUGACACUGAGGUAGACAAAAUGCUUCAUUUUGGAUCACGCUGACCAAAGUGCAGUUGUAAUAUGCAGAAGUGCUCAGAGUGCGAGACAAAAUCUUUUGUGCUUCACACUGACCUAGACGAACUGGACAGGUGAAAGAGAGGAAAUUAGACCUCUUCCUCAUUGCUUUCACCCAUUUUGUCUUUGUAAAGGAAGCCUCUUUACGAUGAUGAAAUUAUAAAUGAGAUCUGUCCAACCUUGCUUUUAAAGAUGGCUCCAUCUGCAUAGGCAUGUACUCUACAGUUGAAGUCGGAAGUUUAGACACUUAGGUUGCAGUCAUUAAAACUUGUUUUUCAACCACUCCACUAAUUUCUUGCUAACAAACUAUAGUUUUGGCAAGUCGGUUAGGACAUCCACUUUGUGCAUGACACAAGUAAUUUUUCCAACAAUUGUUUACAGACAGAUUAUUUCACUUAUAAUUCACUGUAUCACAAUUCCAGUGGGUCAGAAGUUUACAUACACUAAGUUGACUGUGCCUUUAAACAGCUUGGAAAAUUCCAGAAAAUGAAAUCAUGGCUUUAGAAGCUUAUGAUAGGCUAAUUGACAUCAUUUGACUCAAUUAGAGGUGCACCUGUGGAUGUAUUUCAAGGCCUACCUUCAAACUCAGUGUCUCAUUGCUUGACAUCAUGUGAAAAUCAAAAGAAAUCAGCCAAGACCUCAGAAAAAAAUUGUAGACCUCCACAAGUCUGGUUCAUCCUUGGGAGCAAUUUCCAAACACCUGAAGGUACCACGUUCAUCUGUAUAAACAAUCGUACGCAAGUAUAAACACCAUGGGACCACGCAGCCGUCAUACCACUCAGGAAGGAGACGUGUUUUGUCUCCUAGAGAUGAACGUACUUUGGUGCGAAAAGUGCAAAUCAGUCCCAGAACAACAGCAAAGGACCUUGUGAAGAUGCUGGAGGAAACAGGUACAAAAGUAUCUAUAUCCACAGUAAAACGAGUCCUAUAUCGACAUAACCUUAAAGGCCGCUCAGCAAGGAAGAAGCCACUGCUUCCAAAACCGCUAUAAAAAAAGCCAGACUACGGUUUGUAACUGCAAAGAUCGUACUUUUUUCUCUCUAUUAUUAUUCUGACAUUUCACAUUCUUAAAAUAAAGUGGUUAUCAUAACUGACCUAAGACAGGGAAUUUUUACUAGGAUUAAAUGUCAGGAAUUGUGAAAAACUGAGUUUAAAUGUAUUUGGCUAAGGUGUAUGUAAACUUCCGACUUCAACUGUAUAUGGGCUUCCGCUUAGCUUCCCAUUAUGCAGCACUACCAUUCAACCUGAGUGAUUGAUGGCAUAGAAAACCAUACUUAUUGAAGGCUGGAAGCAAUUAAAAUAUCUCAAGCUUAUAGCAUAUUUUAUGGCACAUGAGGAAAAUGAAGAGUAGCCUAUUUCUCACUACCAACCCCUAUUGGUGGAGCGAAUCAUGAAUCUACUCUCGAACGAAACUAUUUCACUUAGAGGGUUCAAUCAUGAACAUAGUUAUAAGACCUUUUUCAUGAAUCGAACGCCAUUUUCCAAUCAAUUAUUUUUUGGGGGGAGUACUCUGGGAGAUUUGAUAAUGUGCAACAGUUUAAUCCCGCCAUCUUGACUUUAAGUGGUCUCAUUUUGGAGGAGGUGAAACUAACUUUAUUUCAAAAUGCUCACGCACACAAAAGAAAAGUUUGCUAAUUAAAGAGCGAAACCACCAAGGUCAUUAAUAAUUAAAGGACAGAACAGUACGUGUGACAUUUUUGCUUUUGCCUCCCCCCAUUCGCUUAUCUCUCCUCUCCUGGAAAGCAAAUGAUUGUCUUUGGCUGAAAGUACGGCACCACAAAAGGUGUAAGAGUCAGAUUUUGUAUUGUUUUUCGUUUAGAUGUUUAUUUAUUUUAAAUACAUUAUGAAAUAUUACCUUCACGAUGGGAUCAGAAGAAGACAGCUUUGUCCUCUCUGGUGACGUAUGCGACCGGUGAUGUCAAGCCACAUUGAGCCAUCAUAAAAACCGGUUUAAAAGCAUUCUAUGUACACGUCACCUUACCAGACAGUCCAUCCUCUUCAGCGCACUAUACUCAACAGAUCGGGAUGGUAACUCUGUCUCUGUGUUAAAGGGCUCUUACUACUUUCUAAUGGCUAUUUUGAACAGGGUGAAGGGCUGUAAUGAUAACAGAUUACCAAAUUAGUGUGCUGUGUAGGAUGGUAAGCACUAUUAAAUGUUAUUAUGGCCGUUAGAGGCCAAAUGAACAAAGACAGAGGCUCUCGAUGCCCCUCUUCACCGUAGAUUUGGCAUGAGCUCCCGUUGCUACAGAAGUGGAACAACCAACCGGGCUCAGAUGAGCACGAGGGAAAAUAUUUGGAUAGAUAAUGGUGUACGAUGCCUGAAGGUGAACAAGCUAUUUGGAUAAUGAGAAAAGCCAGUUGGCGGUCAUCUCUAUUCAUCUCUAUCCGCUGUUGUCACCAGAGCAGUACCCAUACAAUUAAUAAAGACGGGAAAAUGUAUUCAUCCUCCAAAAAUAGAGAUAAAAACAAAACAAUCCAAAAAUGACAAAACAUACGUUUUUUGAUGGGGGGAACCUGUCAUAUCAUCUAAACAUGCCUUCCUGUAUUCUACACAGGCAGCCUAAUAGAUCUGAGAGCUGAUGUAAAAAAUUAAAUACAAAAGUUAAGUCCUUUAUGACUCACAGAGGAAGGCGAGUGCUUCUGUGGUUGACUUUUCCCACAUGACCUUUACUAAGCAAUCGGAGGCAACAACAGAAAGGUGAAAUAAUGAGCUGUAAAUGCCGUGUUGGGCCUCUUGAUGGAGGCAGACCUGUCAAGGCCCCAGGAUUAGCUCGAGAUGGGUGGGGUUUUUAUGUUGUAUUUUGUGCCCUGCGGCCAUCCGAUGGACUCAUGUUUUUGCCAACCACCCAUUGGAGAGGUCAAGUGUGGGUCAAGAGGUCAAGUGUAGGGCACAGGGAGGCUGUAAGUGGCAGCCUCCGGUGCUUUCGUUUUGGCUUGAGUGACUCAUUUAUCACACACAGAAGAUGGACAGAAAGACAGACUCAUAUUCCACUUGUCUGUAUUUCCCUCUGUCAUGACACAAAAUGCUUGGCGUGACAGUCAAAUGGUCUCUUGUCGUUUGCAGGUGGAGUCUCCACUUGCCGUGGAGGCCAUGUUGGGAGAGACGUCGUUUUCCGUCACAGAUGAGAAAGUCUCCAUCUUGGAACUUCGCGUGCACGCCAUCUCUGGACUUGCUCUGUCGCUACAGCCCAGCCCUGGCAACAGUCACACUAUGGUCGCCAAGGCAACUGGCCUGCAGACACUUGCUGCACCAAAGCAGGUACUGUAUACUAAUAUAUAAGAUGAUACAUGUAGAUGUCAUUGAGUUUAUGUGUGGAUGUCAGUUUUGAGUAUACAAAACAUUAAGAACACCUGCUCUUUCCAUGACAUAGACUGACCAGGUGAAUCCAGGUCAAAGCAAUGAUCCCUUAUUGAUGUCACUUGUUAAAUCUACUUCAAUCAGUGUAGAUGAAGGGGAGAAGAAAGGUUAACGAAGGAUUUUUAAGCCUUGAGACAAUUGAGACAUGGAUUGUAUAUGUGUGCCAUUCAGAGGUGGAAUGGGCAAGUCAAGAAAUGUAAGAGCCUUUGAAAAGGGUAUAGUAGUAGGUGCCAGGAGCACCGGUUUGUGUCAAGAACUGCAAUGCUGCUGGGUUUUUCACACUCAACAGUUUCCCGUGUGUCAGUUGUGUCAGCCAACUUGACACAACUGUGGGAAGCAUUGGAGUCAACUUGGGCCAGCAUUCCUGUGGAACGCUUUCGACACCUUGUAGAGUCCAUGCCCCGAUUAAUUGAGGCUGAUCUGAGGGCAAAUGGGGGGGGGGGGGGGGGGGGAGAGACUCAAUAUUAGGAAGGUGUUCCUAAUGUUUGGUAUACACAAUGUAUGUUGAUAGACAUAAGCAACCUGUCAUCAUAUUGUUUGGUACUCAGAUGAGUAUAGAUGAGUUAAUUUUCACCAAGGUACCUACUGAGCUUGGUGUCUAUUGAUCGUGUUAAUAGAACACCACAGUAACUGUAUGACUCAUAGAACGUAAAGCUCUUCUUCCAUUUACAGACCCAAUUUAAUAGAACAUUGUCAAACCAGCCGCCUCAAAGUACAGAAGGCAUUGCCAUGGUUACAGUGUCUGAAUGUGCCAGGACAUGCCUUCUCACACCAUUGGAGGAAGGUCAAUCCAGCGAACAUAACACUGUACUGUUCUCUCUCUCUCUAUAGUACGUCUUCUCAUUGAAAGCCAUUUAAUACAUGUUUUAUCUAAAUGGUGUGAAGAGGACAUUCUAUUCAUUCCUAUUCUCAAGGCAUUGCAGUUGGAGCACCACAAUUAUUUGAAAUGGGUGCUACAGCAUGUCUUCAUGAAUAUUCCUUAGUGAACGAAAAUCAUACAGUGUAUUCGGAAAGUAUUCAGUCCCCUUCCCUUUUCACAUUUUGUUACAUUACAGCCUUAUUCUCAAAUGGAUUAAAAAAAUAAUAAUACAUCCUCAUCAAUCUACACACAAUACCCCAUAAUGACAAAGAAAAAACAGGUUUUUAGACUUUUAGCAAAUGUAUAAAAGAAAAUCAAAAACAGAAAUACCUUAUUUACAUAAGUAUUCAGGCCCUUUGCUAUGACUCGAAAUUGAGCUCGGAUGCAUCCUGUUUCCAUUGAGCAUCCUUCAGAUGUUUCUACAACUUGAUUGGAGUCCACCUGUGGUAAAUUCAAUUGAAUGGACAUGACUUGGAAAGGCACACACCUGUCUAUAUAAGGUCCCACAGUUGACAGUGCAUGUCAGAGCAAAAACCAAGCCAUGAGGUCGAGGGAAUUGUCCCUAGAGCUCUGAGACAGGAUUGUGUCAAGGCACAGAUCUGGGGAAGGGUACCAAAGAAUUUCUGCAGCAUUGAAGGUCCCCAAGAACCCAGUGGCCUCCAUCAUUCUUAAAUGGAAGAAGUUUGGAACCACCAAGACUCUGGCUGGCUGCCCAGCCAAACUGAGCAAUCGGGGGAGAAGGGCCUUGGUCAAGGAGGUGACCAAGAACCCGAUGGUCACUCUGACAGAGCUCCAGAGUUCCUCUGUGAAGAUGGGAGAACCUUCCAGAAGGACAACCAUCUCUGCAGCACUCUACCAAUCAGGCCUUUAUGGUAGAGUGGCCAGACGGAAGCCACUCCUCAGUAAAAGGCACAUGACAGCCAACUUGGAGUUUGCCAAAAGGCACCAUAAAGGACUGUCAGAUCAUGACAAGAUUCUCUGGUCUGAUGAAACCAAGAUUGAACUCUUUGGCCUGAAUGCUUCUGGAGGAAACCUGGCACCAUCCCUACGGUGAAGCAUGGUGGUGGCAGCAUCAUGCUGUGGGGAUGUUUUGCAGUGGCAGGGACUGGGAGACUAGUAAGGGUUGAGGGAAAAAUGAACAGAGCAAAGUACAGAGAGAUCCUUGAUGAAAACCUGCUCCAGAGUGCUCAGAACCUCAGACUGGGGUGAAGGUUCACCUUCCAACAGGACAACGACCCUAAGCACACAGCCAAGACAACUUAGGAGUGACUUUGGGACAAGUCUCUGAAUGUCCUUGAGUGGCCCAACCUGAGCCUGGACUUGAACCCUAUAGAACAUCUCUGGAGAGACCUGAAAAUAGCUGUGCAGCGACGCUCCCAAUCCAACCUGACAGAGCUUGAGAGGAUCUGAAGAGAAGAAUGGAAGAAACCCCCCAAAUACAGGUGUGCCAAGCUUGUAGCGACAUACCCAAGAAGAGUUUAGGCUAUAAUCGCUGCCAAAAGGGCUUCAACAAAGUACUGAGUAAAGGUUCUGAAUACUUAUGUAAAUAUUUUUAUUGGCAAACAUUUCUAGAAACCUGUUUUUGCUAUGUCAUUAUGGGGUAUGGUGUGUAGAUUGAGGGGAAAAAACAAUUUCAUCCAUUUUAGAAUAAGGCUGUAACGUAACAACAUUUGGAAAAAGUCAAGGGGUCUGAAUACUUUCCAAAUGCACUGUACAUCAUACGUGUGUGUUGGGUUGGUAUGUUUAUUGUCAACCACAGUUAUUGCCUUGACUUUUACCUCCUGAUGAAGUCAGUUGUAUAGAGAAGUUCCAGGAAAACAACGAAAGGAUGUUAAGUUCAGUCUAGUUUAUUAAACUAAACAUACAGUACUGAGUACAGUACAUAACGUCAUUUGCCUAUUUAAAACAAAGGAAAUGUAAUGCAAGCCUUUACAUACAGAUCUGUGAAAGCUUAAGACGAAAGCAGUUGCUAAUCUUAACUGACACUUCGUUCAAUCUAAGUUGUUUAGAUACCUUGAUUUAACGCAUUGGUGUCAUCUUUUAAUAUAGACAAUAGUUGGCAAAACAGUCUUUCUUACCGGCAUAACACCAUAGGGGUUGAUUUCCAUAGGGAAAUGUCUGUAACACUGCAUCCAACCUGCUAAUAUGAACCUGGAAUUGAUCUUGAAAAAGUUACAAGGUACAUCUGUGGGAAGCAGCUCAUGAAUUUUCAUGACAUCACACAUAUCCAGAAAAUGGACUGUUGACGCUCGCAGUGCUCAUUAGCCUAUUUGCCUUAUUACUGUGCUGCGCCCAAACAGCCCUCCAAGACACGGGCCUGAAAAUAAAAUCAUCUGAUUUGUUACAAAAAACUCCCAGGGAACGUCAUCACACCAGCAAAAACACAUCUUGUUUAAUAAGAGGCAGAGGAAUAGGCCUUAUUUACGGCGUGUUUGAGUCUUGCAACGGUGGGAACUUGGGACUUCGGUUUCUCUAAUCCUCCCAAAGAAUGAAUUGGGCACAGUCCUUCACCUUUUCCUGAGAAGCCGGAUCGCACUGUGUUUUCCGCACUUGGGCCGUUUAUAUUCCCCCACGACGAGAGAACAUAGCCAGGUUCCAAUGCCUUGGCAAUUGGGGACGGCAGCUAUUGUUUCUCCACCAACUAUCUUUGCGGCGGCCAAAAAAACUCAACCGUCAGGGCCCGGCAUUUAAUUCCAAUUUAUCUCACCUUCCGCUGCUUGGCCACCUUAAAUUUAAUUAGCAUAAUGUAUUGUCCUAAAGUGCUCUCUGAGGCUGGGCCAUAAAAGGCAGCCAAUCCCUCCGCCAGUGGAACUCUCCGAGGGGUGCUCAGGCUAUUUCACACCAUUUGAUUCUGUUUCACAGGAGAAACCUCACCCGCCGCGUCUGCUAAACGUCCCCUUUCUUACUCCAUGAAUGAAUGAGAGCCAUAAACUACAACUGAGGGAAGAGAAUAAGCCAAGGUCUCUUUCUAUUAGCCCGGAAUAUGCACCAUUUUUAUUAUUUUUUAUAAGAUUAUAUGUGCAUUUGAUGAACGUUUGUUAAGUUCAACCAUCCCGAGUGUGAACUGUGAUCUCGUUUGCCAGGGCAGCUAUUGUCAUUGAGCAUCUAAGUACAGAGAGGACGAACAAAUCCUCCCUUCUAUGAGUCAGCAAUGCUUUGGCUGUCUAAGUCACAGAGAUCCUAUUAAAUUCUAAUAUGUAAUUCUAUGGUCUAAGUUCCUUUCUGAGGAAAUACUGUUGAUCUGUAAACCACAGUUAAUCCUGAACUCUCCAAAGAGGACUUAACAAAUAGAUAACAUUAUCCUAUUGAUAGAACACAUAACCUUCUGAUUGAUUCAUUAUCCUAUUGAUUUAAUUAUAAUUAGAACAUUACAGUCACAUGCUAGUCACCCUCAAGUAUACUAAGUGCUUUGUUUGCUUUGUGUCUAACCUUUUUAAUAUGUCUGUGUAGUACUAGUGGGUUCAUCAGGACAGGGUGUCAUACUCAAUGUAUUAUUUAAAUCAUGUUUCAAAGGCCCCCUUCAUCUUGACAAGCGGAGAUGAGAGGCCCGUGCUCGAGCAGGAAUGUCAUAGCAACCUUGAAGUUCAGUAUCCUCCGCCUGAAUCAAAGUAAAAUAUGUCUACGCUCUCAAACAGAGCGUUCCAAUCCAGACAGAAUUUGGAUAAAUGCCUCUCCCGUUGGAAUAUGGAAUGACAUCUCGGUUGGGGACUAAAAGCGCUCUGUCAGAAACGCUCUUUUCUUUUGUCAGCCCUACAGAGCAGGUAUGCUAGGGUGAGCUGAGAGGUAUUGUUUUAGCAGGAGCCAAAGGAAGGCUUCUGUCAAAAACCACCUCGUUACUUGGAGACAUGGCCACCGAACAUUGCCAUUACUCUCAUAAAGCCAGACUCAAGCUGUCAGAUAAAGUGCUGUGCAGUUGUGCAGCUCUGUCUGUUGUUUGUCUGCAGGACAACAGUUGCCCAACACCCACUCACCCCUCCUUUCUCAGAGCGAGCUGUGUGUUCGCUGGCGUACACUACUGAGACAGACCGCCUGUGUGUGUCUCAGUCUAUGCCGAGGCAGAGAUGCUUAGAAGAUUUAGGGAUCGAGCGUGUCAGAGACUUCAAAGGCAGGAAUUGGGCACACAUAUAUUCACAUCAUACAUCAUAUGUAGAGGCGUGAAAGAGCAUCUGUUUGAACCAUCGAAAUGAUCCGUUUUCAAAGAAAACAACUAUAUCAACCAAUGUUUGUAAUUUCUAAACAUGAAUCCUGACGUUAAUUUUUUAUUUUUAUGUGGCAUAUUGUAAAAAAAUAAAAAUAAAUGUAAUGUUUUUUUUAGUGGGUAUUACUUUCCAACCCCACCACCCCUUCCCUAAUAGGAGUAAACUAGUGAACAACAAUGCUUAGGCCUCUACUUCCAGCUCAUACAUACUAUAUACAUUUUAUGGACACAGUCAAUUUUACAAUAAUUCUAUUUUGUUUGUUUUUACUCCUGAACUUCCUCUACCCUCAACCUCUCCAAUCAUUUUCAUGAUGUCCAUUCGGUUUGCUUCUAUAUGCCAUAUCUUUCUAACUGUGCUCUUUCACAAAAGCUCUGUUAUUUUGUUAUUUGGUAAAUCUGUUUGUUUCUUCAAAAGACAUACAAAAGUGUCUCUCCCUAGCCUUCCAGGAAAGUUUGUCCAUGGGGUUCCUGUAUGUAUAAUUAAUCUGUGAAAUGCUGCAUUUACCCAACAAAAAUACAAAAACAACCUUUUCCUCUUGUUGUUAUCACAGGAGGCCAGCUUGUCCAUCUGGCUUUACUACAGCGACAGCACCGCGUCGCCUCUCUCCUUCUUCGACCCCAAGGACUACAACCUCAACGCUUCCACACUGGACGACAAGGUGGUGUCCAUAUCCCAGGAGCCUCAGCAGCGCUGGCCAGUGGUGGUGGCGGAGGGCGAGGGCUCUGGGGAGAUGGUGCGUAUGGAGAUGACCAUCUGCGAGGCCUGCCAGAAGACCAAGCGCAAGAGCGUCAUCGCUUCAGCCCCUGUGUACGUGAAAGUCCGCUUCGGCCUGGAGGAAGACUCAGAGGAGGAAACGGAGAGCGAGAUCGAAAUCGAGCCAGCCCGUGUCACCAGGCGGCCAGUGGUGGACUCUAACCUCGGCGACGGAGGCUUCGAGCCGUCUAACGAGCAGCCGGCGAGCGUUCCCAUCGACUACACCAACUUCCCGACCAUCAGCAACCAGGAGAGGCCAACUGAGGGAGAGGAGGAAGAGGAAGAUGAUGACUUCAUCCACGCGCCCCGCAGCAUGACCGACCUGGAGAUCGGCAUGUACGCCCUCCUGGGCGUCUUCUGCCUUGCCAUCCUGGUCUUCCUCAUCAACUGCAUUGUGUUCGUCCUCAAGUACCGCCACAAGAGAAUCCCCCCUGAGGGCCAGGCCAACAUGGACCAUUCCCACCACUGGGUUUUUUUAGGGAACGGACAGCCCUUGAGGGCCCAGAGUGACCUUUCACCCCAGACAGUGGAGAGCCCCAUUAACCCCCUGGAGGGGGUACAGACUUGUUGUCACGGUGACCACCACAGCAGCGGCAGCUCCCAGACAAGCGUUCAGAGCCAGGUCCACGGGAGGGGCGACGGCAGCUCCGGGGGCUCCACCAAGGAGCAUGGCGAGGAGGCCAGCUCUCCCACCUCCAAGCGCAAGCGCGUCAAGUUCACCACCUUCACCACGCUCCCCACAGAAGACAUGCCCUACAACUCCAUCCCCAUCGCAGAUGAAGAGGACAUUCAGUGGGUCUGCCAGGACAUGGGUUUCCAGGACCCAGAGGAACUGCAUGAUUACAUGCGUAGGAUAAAGGAAAUAGCCUGA